CUCUGCCGAGUGUGUGUUUGGGAGAGCGGGUGAUGUAAGUAGCCGCUCUCUGAGGAAGGCCAAAGAGGGCGCGUCGCUGGCGGCGCUACGGCCUGCUGCUCUGAGGAAGGAGAGGCGGCGGCAGGAGGAGGAGCAGGUGCCCAUGCCGGCUUGCGAAAGUGCCUCCUUCCCUCUCGCAGGCGGGCUGCGGGUGCCGACGCUGCCGCGGGGCGGCAACAAGCCCCCCCCCCCCGGCCAUUUGCCCGCCAACGGCGGCAGCGGCGUUGUGUGUGCCUGACCCCUCCCGGCAGGGGAGCAGCUUAGGCUGGCGGAGAGGCUUCCCCUUCCUCGCCCCCGCCUCACAGUGGCUCCUGCCGCCGCCGCCGCUCUGAGGCGACGCAGUGCAGAGGUGCGGGCAGGUUGCUCCGGCCCGAGCCGCGGCUUCUCCUCCUCUCGCUUGGAGGGCGCGGGAGCCCCUUUCCUCCUCCCCGCGACGCCCCACGGAGACUCCCCCCACCUCCGCCGCGUCCCCGCGCGUGGGGCCGCCGCUGCCCUGCCCUUCCCGCGGCGCCCCACCCCCGGCCAUGACCACGGCGGCGGCGGCGGCGGAGGAGACGACGGCGUCGCAGCAGCAGCGGCGGCGGCUCCUGGUCCUCUCCGCGUCGCCCCCCCUCUCCGCCGCCUCCUUCUCCUUCUCCUCCGCCGCGCCGCCUCUUCCUCUCCCCCAAGUGCUGCUGCCCCCGGCGGCUGCCGCCGGGCUCCAGGAAAGUAGCUUGAUGAGUGUCCAAAGUAGCAGUGGAAGUUUGGAGGGGCCGCCAUCUUGGUCCCGGCUCUCCUCCACGUCCCCACCGAGCCUGCAGGGCUGCUCCGCGGCGGCGGCGGCGGCGGCAGCGGCGGCAGCAGCAGCGGCGACGGCAGCGGCCGUGGCGGCCUCAGCGGCGGCGGCGGCCUCCCUGCUCCGCAGCGGCGCGCCGCUCAAAGAAGGUAAACAGCGAGAGACCGGGCAGGGGGAAGGUGCUUCUCGGGGCCUCUCCUCGGCCGCCGGGGGGUGGAGAGGGGAGGGAGAUGACGGGCUCGGCGGCGGUGGGGGAAACGGGCCCUUGGGGAGGGAGGGGCACGGCCGUGUCAGUAGCGGCGGCGGUGGCAGCAGCAGCAGCAGCAGCCGCCUCAGCAGCAGCCGCCUGAGGCCAGUCCCAGGCUUUGCGGGGCCGAGUGCGCGGCGAGGGCAAAGGGAGCAGAGACGAGGCGAGACAUGUCUUCCUUCUCUUCUGCAUCCGACGGAGGAAGAAGGUCUGGGCGCCCCUUAUCUCUUUCUCCCGAAGUCGGGGGGGGCCCUGAAACCUUCCCCCCCCCCAGCCUUCUCGCACAAACUCAAGCCUCCCAACCCUUAAUCUGUUUUAUUUAUUCGAGGCACCCCCCUCUUACCCCCAAAAAUGUCGCCUUGAAUUCCUCCCACCCCCGCCGCCGUUUACAGUAGCUGCUGCUGGGAGGGGAGGGAGGUGGAUGUUCAUAAUGUUUUCCUAGUUCCACGGCGAAUCGAUCUCUUUAACAUCGAUCUCUUUUCUCCUCUUUGUUUUUAAAUGGCUUAUUUUUUUAUUUUUAGAGAUGAAAAUAUUUCGUAGGUUUCCUUUCCUCGGGAGAUGGUUAAUGCUUUCCUUCCUAUUGUAAAGUGGGGUUUUAUGACUGGGAAGGAAGAGAAGCGGGUGCUCCUUUUAUAUAUCUAUCUGUAGAUCUAUAUAUAAAAAUAUAGAUAUGUAAUUUCCUGGCUUUUCCUGGUUGCUUAUGAUGAUGAACGUGGCUGUUUUGCUUAAAAUGAAGAAGAAGGAGGAAAAAAGGGUCGAGUCGCUUUUGGCAUCAUGGAGGUAGGAUGGUGGAAAAGAGACAAAGAUCGAGGCACUUAUUUGAUACAAGAAAGACACUUUCUUCAGCCAUUGGCUUCCGACAAAAGUGACGGAGACACGUUAAAAGCCAGUACAGAAUGACUGCAACUUUCUCCUUUUCCUCCAUGGCAUCUUGGAUGGUUCCCCCCCCCCUUCCCUCCCCCUUUCUCCCACCCCUCUUGUAUUAGAACGACAGUGAGAGAGAGCAGGGUGUUGUGGGUGUUUUGCAGAGAAUAUCUGUAUGAAGGUUAUGUGCAAACAAGUCUUUUUUAUUGUUUGUCCUUUCCUACCCCCCCUUGUUCCUUGCAUUAAACUAUGUAGCCACAAGAUGUAGCAAUUAUACAGUUUAUGAAAUGAUUAAAGCUCUCUUAUUUUACUCGAGAUUAUGGUUAGCGAGGGAGAGAGGGGAACUUUCAUACAACAUAUGGUAUUCUGGAAGAAUGAAUAUUGCAUAUUCAUGAUUUUUGAAAUGCGAUUGCUCUUUGACUAUAGUGCUUAUCUCAGGGUAUUGAAUGGCUCUUGCCUUUUGUUUUCAUUGUGGGGGGAGGCUUGGGUUCCCCUCCCCCUUUGCUUAAGCACUUGCUGGGCAGCAUUAACUUUCCAUAUGAAAAAUGUUAAGAUUUUUGAGAAAUUAGAUGCUGCCAAUCUAGAAGACACCUCACAUGUCAGGAAUAUCAUUAUCAGCAAACAUUUUUAAAGAUUUCAUUUUAAAAUGCUUAGAGCCGUGGAAAUAUAUAGUGGAAGUGUUUGCUCUCUUUCUCCAUUCCAGUACUCAGACUUGCAUCACUCGUUGUCACUUUUGCACACGUUCCUAGAUAGGAAGCUGACAAUAGGAAGCUCAGAUUGGCAUGAAAACCAAUACCUGAAAUGGUUGGAUAUACAGUACAGCAUAUGUUAAAAACACUGAUGUGGUAGGCAUUUUGGUUGUGGCCAUUACUUUGGGAAACUUAAGCUCAAGGGAGAAGAGACAAAGUUUUAUAUGUGAACCAAGUUUAUUAAGCUACUUGCUUUCAGAUAUUGUUUAACACCAGUAGUGUGUACUACCUAUUUAUUUAAAAUACUAGGUCAGUAUUUUGAGACUAUGUUGUAAAAAUCUGAUUGGAAGUUUUUUGUUAAAGCUGCUUCAAAUAUAUGAGUAGAAAAAAUGCUCAUUUUAGAGGUUAUAUAGCAGCUAAAGUCCAGUAGAAACUCUUAGAUUGGGUAGAACAGAUUGUCAUUUAUUUACUGUGCUGAGGUGUCAGUCUGUGGUUUGUUAAUUCAGCUUACAAGGCCACCAAGGAAUGCAAUUGGUUUAAUACUGUUUUAGAAAGCAAAUUUGUAUUUGAUUUUUUAACUCAAUGGGAAGCAAGAUGGUAUUCAGUAAAACUGAGAAUUUGUAUGUCACAUGAAAAGUUUAAUCCAGCUUCCCACAACCUUCAGCACUUGUUAUAAAACUGUGUGUUCUCUUGUUGUAUUUGUUUUGGCUGCCUGAUUUUAUGUUGUAACCUCUAAAACAGAGCACCUCCAAAGAGAGAACUUUUUGCUUUACUGUAUGAGAGCAUGUGUAAAUGUAGUACUUUCUGGCUGUAUAGUAGGGAUGUAGGAUCUCAAAUUUUCUGCCUUCACUUUUAAAGCACCUGGAAAAAUGUACAGUUAUGGCAAAACAUGGACAAAGGCUCAGAAUCUUAAUAUAUGUGCGGAUUUCUAAUUUGCUAAGCCAGUGUUUCGUUUGAAGUGUUUGUCAUCUUAAUCUAGACAGUUGUCAUUCAUUGGAGUGCACUAGUUCAGCCUAGUUUGGAAGAUGCAAACCCCUGAGAAAUAUUUUCAUGUGUUUCUCAACAGAAGACUAUCUUCUUGAAAAUGAAAUACUUAAUAAGGUACAGAGUUAAAGAUUUCCUAGUAAUUGAAACUGAAUUUGAAGCCUUCACAUUAUCAAAAGGACUGUCAUUGUCUGAAUUACGUGACUCCAUUGUUGAAUAAUCUCUGAGUAUGUACAACAACUGCUCAAGAUGGAGUUGAUUGUUGUGUAAUCAUGAUAAAGGCAGAAUAACAAAGUUCAUCAUUUAGAAUCUACUCUGAGUUGUCUGAAAUAGAUAAACUUUGUGCAUCUUGUUUAAUGUGCGUUUUGAUUAAUACAGAUUUUAGCAGUAUAGUUGGUGCCCACCUUGUAUAAAAAUCCUAUGCAUGUUUAAUCGGAAUUAAGUCCCAAUAGUUUCAGUGGGACUUCAUGUUGCAAUCGUAAUGCAAACUUACCUGAGAGUGCCAGGUAGCUGCAAAACACUGUAAGAACUGCUGUGUGUCUUACACUGGAAGUGACAUCACAAGAUAAGAACAGUAAGUCCCCUAGUAAGCAAUAGAACAUGAUAGCAUAUUUUAUGUGACAUAAAUUUUGUUUACAAGUAAACAAAUAUGAAAAAUAGUUCGAGCUUGCUGAAGUUCACUUUUUAAUGUAUGUCUUUUGGUGCUGAGUAAGACUUCUAGCUCUAUGCUUGGUGUAAGCAGACAGUGGCUAGAAAUGUGUUUUACUGUUCUGAGACUUCCAAAAAUUUCUUAGUACCUUGUGACGCAACUGCAUGUUACUUGCUUAAUUUUCAGGUAAACCUUGGCUACUUAUUUCCAAGUUACCCAUGGAAGAUGCUUAUGUUCAUUUACAGUAGGGUUUACCGGUAUAUUUUUGUUUGGAUCGCUGCAGGGCAGACUAUCCCAUUAACUUCAAUGAAAACACUACACAGUAAGCUGUAGUCUUUUAAGGUUACAAUCCUAAGCACACAUACUAUGAAGCAAGACUCACUGAAUACACAGGAUUCAACUUCUGAGUAAACAUGCCUAGGUUUGCACUGUAAGUGUGAUAUGUUAUCCACUGGUACUUUUUUCUUGUUGCCCAGUCUUAUGAUUUAGUUGCUGUUGAAGACAGUGCUAAUAUUUCUUUAUUGUAUGUGGUAUAUCUUCUGUCUUGGUAACAAAUAUGUUCCCACUUUCUUGAGAAAUGAUACCAGUUCUCAGACCUGAUCAUAAUUGGUAUCUGAGUAUCAAGGUUCUCUGUAAUCCCUGCAAGCAAGACUUGGGUUGGGGUGAGAGAAUGCAAAUAGUACCUGACUUGAAGAUACCAUUGCUCUAGCGCAGAGAUUCUCAAAACUGUGUCCAUCAUAUCCAUUCAGGUAUUCCAUGGGAAGGUUGUAGAACAGUAAAGAAAUAUCCACAUUUGAUCUCUCCCCCCACCCCCUGGACUUGAGAUCAAGGCCAUUCUGACUUGGGCCCGAUUAUCAAAGGGGCAAAAAUAUCCCCAGGCUAGGUCAAAUGUUUUUGUAAUGCAACUGGUUUUGACAAUGAUGCUGGUAUAGAAGGAAAAAAGUUUUCCCUUCAUAUUCAUUGUGUUAGACCAUGGUUGUUAAAAUAUGUAUGUGCUUUGAUUAGUAGAAUAUUAAUGGUAUCCUGAGACCCCUGCCAAUUUUCAAGUGAUCUGUGGAGGAAAAAAGUUUGAGAACUGCUGUUCCAGAGGUAUUGGCCCCCUGCCUUUCUAUCUGCAAGCUGUUAAACUGCUAAGACUUAGUGGUGGUAGAAGCAUGUCCCUCUUAAAAAUUAAUUGGUGCUUCAUGUUUGGGACAUGAACUUAAUUCAUUGCAUGGGCCGCUAUUGCUCGUAUCAAAACAAAACAAUAACUUACAAAAAGGUUAUCUUUGGGAUAAGGUGGGCUUGUGAAUAAAACUCACAUUGACAGAGAGGCUUAGUUUUCUAACAAGUAGAUAAUACGUGUUUAAUAACUAGUUCAGGCUCUUCUUGCAUAACUGUUCCGAAAUACUUUCUUACGCCAAUGAUGGAAAUGAAAUGGGUUCUAGAGUAUGUGCAUAAAAAUACCCUAUUAAAACCGAGAUGACCAUUACCUUGACUUGAGGUAACUUGAAUGGGGAAAUAAACAAAUCCUCUUGAAGUAUUUUUAGAUUUGUGUAGGAAGUACUCAAAUUGUCCUUUUUUAAUUAAAAAAAAAAAAGGAAUGAGGUGAGUUUUCCCUCUGACAAUGAUGCUCAAGUUUCCAGAGGAAGGUCAAGCAAUUUAUUUUUGAUUAAGUUCUAAGCAGCUGCUUUCUGCACUUAAAUUAACUGCAAGAACUUGACUUUCACAUUUUAAUUGAAGUCUGGAAGAAUUAUCUGAUUCAUACAAGUCCAAAGCUCUUCUAUGUGAUAGCCUCUCUUUAUCUUAUUUUGAAAACUCUUGAUGCCUCAGCUGUUCCUGGAAAAGCUAUACACCUUGAAAGCUGUAUUACUGUUUCUUUACUGAAAUUCCAAAUGUUAAAGUUGUCUGACUUACGGUAAUCAAGAAGUCUGACCUUUCCAAUUCACCAAACCAAAGUGAAUUGUAGCUGGCCAUGUUUACUUAACAAAACUUAGUUUGAUGUAGGUCAUAUGUUAGUUUGCCUCCCUAGGUUUCAGCAAUGCCAAACUCAGAAAUGGCCUCUCCAUUACAGAUGUUGUUGGCAUCUAUAUUUCUCAGGAGGCAAUGGAAGUGAAGUCAAACAGUUGGAAACGGGGGGGGGGGGGGGUGAAGUCAAAUUGUUGGAAAGUUGCAGUGUCUGCUUUGGCUGCAGAGACUGAUAUGGGAGAGCCAUGUUUUGUUGCGGCUGGGGCAGAGGAAAGCUUUCAGUUGUGCUGCUGCAGAUGCACCGUGGUGUUUCUUCUCUCUGCGCUCUUCCUAGCGGUCAUUCCUCAUCUGGCCAAUACUAUGGAUAUGACCUGUCAGUCUCCAGGCACUGUGGUUGUCUGCAAGAGAUGUUGCCAGCCUUCAUGUCACCUUACAGAUACUAACUCACAUUGCAAAACCCUUUAGUAAUUCAGUUAGGAACUAUUGUCCAGCACACUAAAACUAAUGUUAGAGAAAGUAUUAGUCAUCAGUAUUACUGUAUAGUUGUUAAUGCAGGCUAUACCACCUGAGUAUCAUUGCUGUGUUGGUGUUUCUGAUAAUAUGCUACUCAAAUAGAAACCUAUUAUGUGCAUUGCACUUAGUAAAUGUAAUAAUAAAUAAUAAUAAUAAUAAUAAUAAUAAUAAAUUUAAUAAUAAAUUUAUUACUUAUACUCCACCCAUCUGGCCAGGCCUCCCCAGCCACUCUGGGCGGCUUCCAACAGGAUUGUUAAAAACGCAAUAAAACAUUAAGAACUUCCCUAAACAGGGCUGCCUUCAGAUGUCUUCUAAAAGUCAGAUAGUUGUUUAUUUCCUUGACAUCUAAUGGGAGGGCGCCACUACCAAGAAGGCCCUCUGCCUGGUUCCCUGUAACUUGGCUUCUUGCAGUGAGGGAACCGCCAGAAGGCCCUCGGAGCUGGACCUCAGUGUCUGGGCUGAACGAUGGGGUUGGAGACACUACUUCAAGUAUACUGGGCCGAGGCCAUUUAGGGCUUUAAAGGUCAGCACCAACACUUUGGAUUGUGCUCAGAAACGUACUGGGAAAGUGGCCCAGUUUAGAUGUCUUGGGCUUUAGGAAGAUGCUUUAUUAUGUGCUCAGAUUCCCUCCUGCAGUUUCUGGUAGUUAUAGUUUGAUAUCAUAACUAGAACAGAAGUCACUACUUGGAAAGGAUUUCUCAUGUUGGUUUGGAGGCAAGUUAUUGAUUGCAGAACCAAAGUUUCCCUGAUUUGGAUAGCUACUGCAGGCUACACAUGACACAGGUAGCGUGGCAAGGAAGUGGAGGAAGCCAGUGUGAAAUCAAAGCAUGUUGCCCAACCAUGGUUGUGAUGUAAUGUCUGAACUGAAUCAGUGGACUGGUUUGUAUGUACCGUUAGGCCAUGCCUAAUAAAAUGUGAGCUGUUCCCAAAUCAAAACAAACCAUGUCUUGUACCGUAAAAACUGGGUUGGUUUUCCAGCUGCUUUUGUCUUGUGCUUUUGUAGCUUGAUAAUCAUGUGGGUAUGGUCAUCCUAGAAAACGUUUUUAAAAAUGACAUUGGAAGUUAGAAGAGGUAGAGAACUAUCCCAUAAAACUGGCAAUUUAGUAUGGAAUGGAAAAGGGUUGUAUUACACUGAAACUCACAUAAUAGUGUAAUGGAAUAUUUUCUAUCCCAAGCCAAUUCAAAUGUCUAUUGAUGUGGUAAAAUGUUACAAAACAAAGCCAUGCUAUGUCAAGAGGACACUUAUUUUCCUCCCCUGGAUAGUGUUUGCUUGAACAGCAGCAUGGGCAUAUCUAUCUAUUUUAUCGCAUCCAAUUGGGAGGGAUAGUCAAUGCCACUAAAAAUGGAAUGAGGAUUCAAAUUGACUUUAACAGAUUAGAGGUCUGGGCCCAAACUACCAAAAUGAAUUUCAAUAGGGACAAAUGUAGGAUUCUGCACUUAGGCAGGAAGAACCAGCUGCACAAAUAUAAGAAGGGGACACCUGGCUUGCCAGUAGUGCAUGUAAAAAGGAGCUAGGGGCUUAACUUGAAGCCACAGGCUUAACUUGAAUCAACAGUGUGUUGCAGCAGCAAAAAAAGCUAAUGCUAUUCUAGGCUGCCUCAGUAGAAGUAUAGGUGUUCUGAUCAAGGAGAUAAGAGCUAUUUGACAGUGGAACAGACUUCCUCAGAAGGUGGUGGACUUGCCUUGCUUGGAGGUUUUUUAGGUAGAGGUUGGAUAGCCAUGUCAUGGAUGCUUUAGUUGAGAUUCCUGCAUAGCAAGGGGUUGGGCUAGGUGACCCCCAGGUUCCCUUCCAACUUUACAAUUCUAUGAUUCUGUUAUAUCCUUUGAGGGAAAGGUGUGAUUAAUAAUAAAAAUGAAUAUAACUGUUCCUGUGUCUCAUUGAAACACUACCUAUUUACUUAAUGGUUCUCUAUAGUGGUGCCCAACCACUGUAACUAAAUUUUGAGGCCUUGCCCAGUGAUUCAUUGCUUCCUUUAUUCCCACUCCCUUUUGCAGGUGAGGUGGGGCCUCUGUCUCUCAGUCAAUCUCUGUCUGGCUCUUUUAAUGAAUCUGUAAUUGACUUGUUGAAGAUUUUGCAGGCUGAUAAGAGAUUUAUGUAGGUUAUGGUAACUGCAUCUGCACAUCACAAUAAAGCAUGGUGCCAGGCCUAUCAUGGUUUUAUUAUGAAUGGGCGGCCUGCAGAUUCUUGCUGCCUGAUUGUUCUAGUUUCAUUCCUUCCCUGGUGCAAGUGGGAGAAACAGAGGACAGAAUUCACCGAACAAACCCUGUUGGGGGGCUUCUGCUUUCCACCAUCUCCCCCUGCAUGGACCCCCAUGUAGCCCCUGAAACUGGUACUAGAGGGAUCAGGAGAACCCCCAAAACAGCACAUGGGGGGGGGGAGAUUGUUCUAUUUGGCAAGCUGAUAAGUGUUGGAUUCCACCCAAAGUCUGGAAGCAACAAUUAAACUCUGCUUCCUGUUAAUAUCCAGACAUCAUGGUUGGUUGCUUCCUAACAAGCCCAUGGUUGAUAACCAGCCUUGAAACCAUGGUCUGUAGAUUUAGGAAUUAUGACUUGUUAGGAAGCAGCAAACCAUGUCAAUGCAGAAACCAUAGUUUAUUGCAGUAAGAAAGCAGAGCCAUUGUCAUAGGAAAAAAUAAAAGUGUGUUAAAUAUUGAUUAUUGUAUAUAUAGAGUGUAGAAUCAUAGAAUCUUAGAGCUGGACGGGACCCAAGGGUCAUCUAGUCUAACCCUCUGCAAUGCAGGAAUCUCAGCUAAAGCAUCCAUGACAGAUGGCCAUCCAACCUCUGCUUAAAAACCUCCAGGGAAGGAGAGUCCACCACCUCUCGUGGGAGUCUGUUCCACUGCUGAACAGCUCUUACUGUCAGAAAGUUUUUCCGAAAGUUUAGCCGGAAUCUCCUUUCUUGUAACCUGAACCGUCUAACAUACAAUUAUUGGGUACAGAAACUAAGUAGCAUUAUAUAUGUCGCUUGAUAAGUUUGAAGCCUGAGAGCUGUUUUUAUUGCUAGUGUAUUGAAGUGAUUGGGAAGAAAUGCACUGUAAUUCUCUGUGUGAAUUAAAUUUCAAUUUCAAGUGUGCUUGAAUAAUUUUCUGCUGUUUUCUAGUACUGUGACUUAUAAGAAUUACAUAGUUCAACAGCUACAUACCAAAUACAAUGUUUAUUGUCCAUUGAUGUCUGUUGCGAUGAGUUAUACUGCUGGUGUGUGCCUUUAACUGUUCAGUUGUAAUAAUCUUUGCUGGACUGCCACAGGUGUGAUCCAAAGUAGUUUGAAAUGUGAAAAAAUUAGAACCAAUAAAAUGUUCCUGAUCCUACUUUGGCUAGUGUCUUUGUACCAUUUGCAUGCAUAAUACAGCAUACUGAUGACUUCUUUUUCCCCUCUGUGACAAAUGUCCACCCAGCCAUUCAUUUAAAACUUACUGUAUGCUAGACAUUGACAUAGUCAGUGUAAACUACCGGUAAUUCACACUAAGUCACAGAAUUAUUGAAAGAUGUCUGAAGGAACCAGUUUCAAAAAGUUCCCUAAAUAUGUAUUUAAGAGUGACUAAUUUCUUCAUGUACUGUGAUUCAUCUAUUUUUUUGUUUAAAAUCACAAUUACAUGUUUGUUCCUAGUGUUAAGUUGUAUAAAGGUUACUGUAACUUGAAUGCAUCUUCUGUUUUUCUUACUUAGUAACAUAUUAAGAUUUGUCAUAAUAUAGAACAAUAGCAGAAAUGAAAAGGGGCUAUAAAUAAAAUGACUAAAAAACUACAUUUUGAAAUUAAUAUAUUGGCUUACAUCCUAAUUAUUUGAUCCAUGAGUAGGAAAAUAAUGCUUUUAAAGAAAUUUUCAACAAAACAUUGGUAUCAUUGGACCUUUGGGGGUUAAACAUGAUGACCAGGAAUAAAAUGCAUGUUCAUAUCAUAUCAACAUCUCAGUUAACAUUUCAGUCCAUUACUUUGGAAAAUGUUGGAACUGAAGAUUCUGCUAUCUCCUUGUAACACAGUUUCUUUGGGAUGCAUUCUGUUUGAUUAUCUCAACACUCUAAAUAUAGUUAAAUGAAUACUACCCUUUUCAGCAGUUAAGCUCUUUUGCAAUGUAUAGAUUAGUUUGUAUCACUUGCAGUUUGGAUUAAUAUAGAUCAAGUGAUACAUAACUGACCAAACUAAAAUUUCUCACUUUUAUUUGGUAUUGGGUGCUGCUUUACUGAAGCUUCAUUUUUUCUUUUCAACAACAUGUGACCACUGCUUCUUGGAAAUUUCAUUUUCUAGCUGAAGAAACCAUUUUGCAAAGUUUUGGAGAAAUGGUUCCAACCCAUUCUAGAAUUUGUUGAAAGCAGUUAUUACACAUUUUGGUUAACACAGAGUUGAGUCCAAUAGCUAGACACUUCUGCUGACGGAAGGAGAUGAUGGGUGGCGAGAGAGGGAGAGGUGGCUUUUGCUGAUGUCUCUUACAGCUCCUAAAAAUCUGCUCCAGACUCGCAGGCAUGUCCAGAGUUUGUUUCGGGGGCCUAAUCUGGCCCACCAGUCAAUUCAAUCUGGCCCCCAUGGCAGUAUAUGUUCUGGGGUAAAAUCCUUAAAGAAGCUCAACAACUUCGGUUGGCCCUCACUUAUGUUUACGUUAUCAAAUCUGGCCCUCUUUGAAAAAAGUUUGGGCACUCUUGCGAGGGUUGGCAGACCCUCCAGAACAAGGUGUGAGGUGGCACAAGGGGCUGCAGGGGGAAGGGAGAACUGGUAAAAGCAACUCCCCCCCCCCUUUCCUCUACCAGGAACGUUUGCUGGAUCUGAUUGACUUCCACAAAUGGAAGGAGCUUUUCUCUUCACAGAACACCAGGUCUGGAUCCAACCCAUUGUAUAGAGAUUCUGGUAGUUCUGGGCUGGUUAGUGACUUUAGCUGCUGGUAUUACAUUUGUUUACAUUUGAUUCACAUCUUUCAGGUGUGUUAAAAUCAAGGAAAUGCCUAACCUUUUAAUGUGGAUGGGUGGGCAGGUACAGGGAGGUAGCUAAUCAUACAGUUGUGACCAUGAUUGCUGUUGGGAUGUGAGUUUGUCAUCUGUGGUCAGUUAACCACAGCAUGACUACUACUCCCACACUGACCAGUUCAUUUACAAGGAUAUGAAAUUCUGUUUGACAUCUUUUUAAAUGGUUCAUGGGAAUUAAAUCCUUGCAUCCUCCUGAAUGGCACUGGCAUGGAAAAGUUGAUUAUAUUGAAUAGUGCCUACUGCUUUUGUAAACUUUAGAAAAUGAUGCAUAUGAUGAUGCCAGGUAUAUAUUGGUGCUUUUGAAUGUGUUCAAGUGUAGUGUGACAUACUGAUCAGUUUUGGGUUUAGUUUCAAUUUUAAAUGCUAGAAUGGAGUUGUCAUAAUCAAGGUUGUUGUUGUUUAGUCGUUUAGUCGUGUCCAACUCUUCGUGACCCCAUGGACCAGAGCACGCCAGGCACUCCUGUCUUCCACUGCCUCCCGCAGUUUGGUCAGACUCAUGUUUGUAGCUUCGAGAACACUGUCCAACCAUCUCGUCCUCUGUCGUCCCCUUCUCCUUGUGCCCUCCAUCUUUCCCAACGUCAGGGUCUUUUCCAGGGAGUCUUCUCUUCUCAUGAGGUGGCCAAAGUAUUGGAGCCUCAGCUUCAGGAUCUGUCCUUUCAGUGAGCACUCAGGGCUGAUUUCCUUCAGAAUGGAUAGGUUUGAUCUUCUUGCAGUCCAUGGGACUCUCAAGAGUCUCCUCCAGCACCAGAAUUCAAAAGCAUCAGUUCUUCGGCGAUCAGCCUUCUUGAUGGUCCAGCUCUCACUUCCAUACAUCACUGCUGGGAAAACCAUGGCUUUAACUAUACGGACCUUUGUUGGCAAGGUGAUGUCUCUGCUUUUUAGGAUGCUGUCUAGGUUUGUCAUCGCCUUUCUCCCAAGGAGCAGGCGUCUUUUAAUUUCGUGACUGCUGUCACCAUCUGCAGUUAUAAUCAAGGUACUUCUUGAUUAUUGAAAAUAAUUUGUAUACUUUGUUGUUCAAAAUUGUAUUGGUUAGAAAUAAGAGAAAAGGCUUUUAGCAAGUAGAAAGAACUCGCAUCCAGAAUUCUUUCUUAAGUAAUCUGUUACUCUUCCACUUCUGACAAAUUGAGUUCUACAUAACUCAAAGGCUUGCAUAUUCUUAUACAAUAGAAACCAUCAGUUUUCAUAUAUCUAUAAAAAAUGAAAUUAAUGUGGCAGCAAUUGUUCCUAUUCCCUGGAGAGAGAACCCAGUAUAAAAUUCCUGAAUUAGAAUGUGUUUUUUAAAUGUGACACUGUGAAAUUUCGUCUCCCUAGGAAAGUGUAGCUUCUACAGAAAAUUGUUGUCUCUAAUUAUUGUUAUAUUACUGAAUUGUGGUUAUUCAGUAUCGCUAUAAUCAGGAGUGGCUGGAUUCUGGUUUUGAGUUGUGUUCUACAUAGCACUCUAACAGACCUAAUGCUGUAUCUUGUAAUUGACUGAUUUUGGUAUCAUUUUGUGUAAAAUAUAUUUUUAUUUCUCUUUACUUGGUUUUCAGUCACUUGAUGGAAGUACUCUUUGACCCUUGGAAGCUUAUGCCAAAUUAAGUUUAAUUUAAUAAUACUAUUUAGUUAAACAUUACUAUUAGCUAUUUAGUUUUGAUUCUGCAAUUUAAAUUUGUGUGUGUUUCUGUGCUCCCCAGAUUAUUUAGUAAGCCUGGUUCUAACUACUCAAAUAUUUGGUGCAUCUUGAAAGAGUCAAAGGAUAUGACUGUCAUAAAAGAACAUUGUGAUGUCAGCACAUUAAAGUCUAUUGCCCAAUGUAUAUUUCAGUGAAGGGAAUUCAUCAUCAUUGUGAUAGUUGUCUACAGGUAUGCUGUUUUAUUGUGCUGUUAAGUUUUUCUAAAAUGCAAGUUCUAUUAGACUAAUACACAUGCUAAAUGCCAUCAAAGUGAGGUUAGUGUACAGCAUUUUUGAAGUUUUAUAUGUUCAUUUCUCAAGCUUGAAAAAGUCUAGUUCUAACAUAUACUUCUGGGCCAUAUUGAAGUUAAACACGUUGACUGGUAUUUUAAAUGCUGUUUAUGUAGUACCAGAUGUGGACAUGCUUUAUAAAGCAACACAUUUAAAAUAGGCCCUUGUCUUGAAGCUUACACUAUGAGUGAAGCAACAGGAAGAUGGGGACAAGGGUAACAGAAUAGGAAUAAGAAUUCUUACUUUAAAACAUUAGUUAGAUUCUACCUGAAAUACCAGAACAUUGUUGCUUGAUUCAGAUGUAAUAUCAAACUGGUUUGUCCAGGAGUGCCUUUCAUGGCAUAUGGGAUCCCCCUUCCACUCUUGCAAGCUGGUUGCACCAUAAAUUAUUUUCCCUUCUUCCCUAGCUGUUGUUUGCAUUGUGUAUGCAAACUGGAUUUGGGAGGCUAGCAGUAUGUAAAGUUUGCCAGUUUGGGCAUCAUAGAAAAAUGAUGCUUAGUGGAAACUGAAGCAAGGGAAGGAAUAAUUGUAUCUCUGGGGGUACUCUGGACCAUGGUUGUACAAUGUGCCUCAUGUAAUCAGGUGUUUGCAGCAAGUCUGCAGCAAGUCAGGGCCAGUUGGUGAAAUCUGUUGGUUCUCCUCUUGUGUAUGCAUGCAGGUGUCUCAUAUAAUCUGUACUGAUUAUAUGGGAAUCUCUCUGUUCUUGAUUAUUCUUGACAUUAUUAUGGAAGUUUUAAAUAAGGAGUUGAAAAUCCGAAAAGCAUCAGUGUGGUUCUCAAAUCUGUGCUUUAAAAAAAUAAGGUUUUAAAAGGAUUUGGGGUGGAUAGGUCACUAGAAUAUUAUGAAAAGCUAUGAUGUGCAGUUUUUUGUACGAUUCCUAAAAAAAGCAUAUAAUUAUUUUGAGGUGAAUCAAAAUGUGGGUAUAAUAUGGAAUUAAUAUGUUUGCAAUGUAGACUUUGCAUUGCUGGCUAUAUUAGCUGCCUUGGAAUGUAUUGAGGCUUUCUGUAAGCUGAGCUUGGUUUAAGAAUCCAAGUUAUACUGUAGUUGGUGGCAUCAAUCAACAAUCAUUCAUAAGUAAAGGGGGGUUUGCGUAUAAAAUUUGUCAAUCAUCUAAAAAGAUAAGUGCAGAAGAAUAAUACAGAAUUUAUAAAUGUGACCACAGGUGGCAUGCAAGAAGGUGUGCAACUGUGUUGAGCUGUACCCUGAUUGUUGUCUCAUUUUAAGCUUUUCUAGGAGGCAGAGCUGUUCAGGAGUUUUGUAAGCUCCCUUGAAUGCCAUUUUGGCAGAAAGGCAGGGGAUAAAAUAAAGUACAAAUGAUAAAAUAUCAGAGUUUCUAUGCAUGGCAGAGGGUUCCUGAACUCAGGCCUUGCUCUACUUCUUGUUACAUAUUUGCAGAACAAAUGUCUCAAACCAGGAACACAUUAAGUUGUCAGAACACAAUUUGCUUUAAAAUAAAAAAUACAAAAUUUGUCUGGCUUCAAAUAUCUCUUUUGGAGAAUGAUAAAUUAUUAUUAGUGUCCUGCCGCCCAGUUUCGAAUCUUUCAUACCUGGGUAAUGUAAUUGAGAGAGCUGAACAGCUUGGUAGGUUUCUGGAGGAAACAUCAGCUUUGGAUCCAUUCCAGUCCGGCUUUCACCCUGGUUACGGGACCGAGACAGCUCUGGUCGCCCUAACAGAUGCUCUCUGUAGACAACUGGACCGAGGCGGGUUGGGACUGCUGAUUCUUUUAGACUUGUCAGCAGCCUUCGACAUGGUUGAUCACAAUCUUUUGGACCACUGCCUUGCCGACGUGGGGAUUCAGGGCACAGUCCAACAAUGGCUGCGUUCCUUUAUCUCAGGUCGGGGACAGAGGGUGGCGCUACGGAAGGAGAUGUCGUCACGGCAUCCCUUGGUGUGUGGAGUGCCGAAGGGUGCAAUCCUUUCCCCGAUGCUUUUUAACAUCUUUAUGUGCCCCCUUGCCCAGAUUGUCCGGAGUUUCGGGCUGGGUUGUCAUCAAUAUGCUGAUGACACCCAGCUCUAUCUGUCGAUGGAUGGCCAUCCUGAAUCGGCCCUGGACACACUGACCAGAUGUCUGGAAGCUGUGGCUGGAUGGCUGUGUGGGAGCCGGUUGAAGUUAAACCCUUCGAAGACGGAGGUCCUCUGGCUGGGUUGGGACGGCAUGGGGUUGGGGGGCCAACUCCCAUCUCUUGCGGGGGCUCAACUUGUGCCAGUGCCUUCUGUCAAGUGUUUGGGUGUAACCUUUGAUGCCUCCUUCUCCAUGGAGCCGCAGGUUGCAGCUACUGCAAAGGCGGCAUUUUUCCAUCACCGCCAUAUUAAACAGUUGGUCCCUUACCUUUCCCGCCCUGAUCUGGCCACAGUGAUCCAUGCAACAGUCACCUCCAGGCUUGAUUACUGUAACUCCCUCUACGCGGGGCUGCCCUUGAAGUUGUCCCAGAAACUCCAGUGGGUGCUGAAUGCCGCGGCGAGGCUCCUUACGGGGUCCUUGCCGCGGGACCGCAUUCACUCAGUGGUUUUCCAGCUUCAGUGGCUCCCGGUAGAGUAUAGGGUCAGGUUUAAGGUGCUGGUUUUGACCUCUAAAGCCCUUUGCGGCCUAGGACCCUCAUACCUACUGCACCGCCUCUCCUGGUAUGCCCCGUGGAGGAUCUUAAGGUCCAUAAAUAGCAAUACCCUAGAGGUCCUGGGCCGUAAGGAAGUCAGAUUAGCCUUAACCAGGGCCAGGGCCUUUUCAACACUGGCUCCGGCCUGGUGGAACUCUCUGUCUCAUGAGACCAGGGCCCUGCGGGAUCUGAUUUCUUUCCGCAGGGCCUGUAAAACAAAGUUGUUCCACCUGGCCUUUGGCUUGGAAUCAGCCUGAUCCCCUCCCCUCUUUCCUUUUCUUUCUGUGAUGGAACCCCUAUUUGGGGACUUCCCUGGCCUUUCUGGCCCACGUAGGACCAGUCUGGAUAGUUGGCCUUGGUGAAGAUUUGACGUUUUCUCCCCCCAAACAGUUUUUGAUCUGGGCUUCCACUGAAAUGAGGCUGCAUUUUAAGUUAUAUUUUAAUCUUGUUUUUAAGUUGUAUUUUAAUCAAUUGUUUUUAUACCUGAUGUUAGCCGCCCUGAGCCCGGUCUUGGCUGGGGAGGGUGGGGCAUAAAAAUAAAUAAAUAAAUAAAAUUCAGAUAUUAUGCAUAUGGAACUGUGUUUAAAUUAUCCAGAUGGUCACUAUAGGUGUCAUUGUAUAUGUUGUCCACAAAGUUCAAAAGAUUGUUUUCCUCCUGUUGAUAAUAAAAAAUGUGUAUUGAAAUCUUUAAUUAUUACAUCUCUAUGUUGUAUAUGCCAUUAUGUGUCCAUGUUCAAAAUUAUGUGUUGAUCAGACCACAAGACCUCUUUUUGAGGAUUACUGAGCACAAAUCUGAGAGUCAUACUAGAAAUUCAGAAACUUCAUUAACCAUGCAUUUUCUGGAAUAUGAUCACAAGCCUUCUGAUUUAAUUGGUAGUUUUUAACAGAAAUAAUUUAUUCUGUUAACAUACAAUAUUCUUGAACUUUCCCAAUGAGUAGUCUUUUGGAUGCACAAUUUAAACACAAUUUCCCUUGCUGGUUUAAAUGACAAAAUGAAUUUAGCUGUAUUUGCAUUUUCAUAAACAAUUUCAUCUCAAAAAUAGUGGAUAUAAAGAUAGAGUUUCUUUUCAGGUAGUAGUUCUACUAAUGUAUAAUUUUUCUGCUUGAGUAAUAGCAUAUUUGAGAGUUACAUCUUUUGGUGAGAUAUGGAUUGGCAGCUGAUUCCCCCUAUAUUGAAUUUCAGUUAUGCUUCAUUUUGUGAGCAGCAGUGGCAUAUUUUGAGCAACAACAUAGCUGGAUUAUAGGUUUGUAUUUUUACUUUAUACAAACUUUUUAUUCUAUGCUAGAAGGACUUAUAAUCAAACUAUCCUUUUAAAUUACAGUCUUAGGAGCAACAAAUCCCUUGUGGUGUAGCUCUAGUCAUUAAAGGUCUUGUAUACGAACUAUAUCAAGCAAUAAAUUUAUAAUGGUAAUUUAUUCCUUUAUAAUUUUUGAUUCCAUUCAAACGAAUGACAUAAUAGACUCUUAUUAUAUUUAUAUAUAAUUAAGUUGAAAAAAAAUGAAUACAAUUUGGAAAAAUCAAACGAGAAGCUCUAGGGGGAUCUACAGCUGUCAACUGCAAGACCAGUUUUGUUUCUGCUGAAACAUCUCUAACAUCUGUACUGUUUGGAGAAAUUGUAAUCGUCACACAAUAGUGGCUAUCAUUCAUGUUUGUUUAUGUUCAUUUUAUAUGUAGUCUUAAACUGUUGACUCAUAAAUCACUGUUUAUACAUUUCCAUUGCUUUAGGGCAGUGGUGGCCAAACUUGACCCUCCAGCUGUUUUUGGACUACAACUCCCAUCAACCCUAGAUAACAGGACCAGUGGUCAGGGAUGAUGGGAAUUGUAGUCCCAAAACAGCGGGAGGGCCAAGUUCAGGUGAUCUUGUUUGUAACUCAUAUGCUUUGGGACCUUCUCCAUUGUUUUGGUUGCUUUUGGAGAAUAACUUCUUAAAAUAAGCCAAUUGUUAGUGUAGCAGUGCCAGACCUGUCUUUUUUAUAUUAUUUACCCAGGGAAAACAUCAUAGAGGUAAAUGUGUUGAAAUGUCCAUCCAUCUACUCCUUUUCUCCCUGCAACUCUUUCUCAAGCUCUGCUCACUUCCAUUAGUAGCAGGUGGGGGGUGGAAGGGUGCUCACCUGCUGCUUUUUAAAUGGAAGUUGGUGGGGAGAGGCUCUCUAGUUUAAUGGCAAGUUCAGUCUUGUGCACAAUACGCAGAUCUGCUGUCAAAUAGGUAGGUUCUUCUCCCCAUGUCCUUCUAGAUUCAUAGCGUAUUUGUAGUAGAGAAUCCACAAAACACUUGAGGGACCCAGAACCAAUCUUUUCCCCAUACUUUCCUGAUCAAGAUGCUAAGGAAGAUUGUUUAAACAAGUGAUUACUCAAUGUUUCCUUCUGUGCUCUGUCCUGGUCCUAUUUCAACGUGAGACAAAAUAGCACUCCUAUCCCUUACACAUGUAAAGCGGGAUCUAGCUUUAAAAUGCUGGUUAGGAACAAACUCUGUGUAGCCUUAAGUGUGCCCAACCCUCUGUCAACAUGUGCUAAAAUACGUUUGCUCCCCUAAUAGCACUGGGGGAAACUCCUAAUAAAACUUCCACAACUCUUGUUCCAGGUAAUCCUCAACCUUGAUGAGGUGUGAAUUGCUAUGUGGUGUUUCUCAGGGCACCUCUGCUUAACUUCCUGAAAAACAGAUGUUUUUACACUUGCAGUUUUUGGAGUCAAAUCUACCACAAUUGGAAAGGCUGAGGGGGGAAAAUGCAUAUAAAGGGCCUUGGUAUUGGUUGCCCUGCAUAAUGCAGUUUAAACCUCUUAGUGACAUGCCAUAUCUACAGAUGCUUUACCCAGAGCCUGUUCUGUCUAUUUCAACAGAGGAGAAGAGCAUGACUGAUAAAACAUCCCUCCUCCUCAAUAUUUAGCCUAUUUUCAUAAUAGACUGAUCACUCACUCCCUUAGGAUUAUGUGCAUGAGCAAAGACACUGGGUGGGGGAAGCCUGGAGUCAGUACUGAAAUGACAUUAAGCAUUACUUGAAAUCUUGCUCAUAAGGAGGAACAAUUGUCAUAUUUUAUUUAAUUAUUUGACCUGAAUGAGGUAUAAUUACACUACCAUCAAAAGUGUGUAGCAUCCUUGCUUUUUCUGUUUGGGUAGCUAGAUCAGAAUACCGACCAAGACCACAAAGAAGAAAACCUAUUUAGAAAUGAUGGCAUCUCCAGUUUAUGUUCCAUUGAAAUAUUUGCUUUGGUGGAUCACUCUACAGUUUUUACUUAAUUCCAAAGUUUUUGCUGAAAUGUCUUAAGUUAGAUUUUUAAAACUGAUAGGAAAAUGCUAUGUGUUAAUCCUGCUGUAAAUAGUGCAUGCUAUUUUCAGACUUGAUAUUGUAUACCUUGGAUUUUGAGAGCCAUUUUUCAGAUUUUGGCAGACUGAGUUUAUUUCUUUGUGGUAAAUAUUACUGUUGCUAAAAACACUACCUCAGAAAUGCCAUUUAUCUAUUCUUGUAUUGUGCUGUUAACCAGCUGUAUCCCUUUCAGUUACUUUUAGCACAACAUCUUAAUAGUAUUGGUAUCUUACAACAUGGUUGAGAAAAUCAAAGUGUUCAUAAUGUGCAGAGUAAUUCAAGGUUUUCUAUUUUUUAAACAAAUAUUUGCAGUGCCACAAAAUGAAAUGCAGGUAGUCUGCAAAUCUUCAACAGAGGCAAGCUCUUUAAGAUGUUAGAGUAAAACUUAUGAAGGAAAAUCUAAGUAAGAACUUCAGAAGCUGCAGCUAGUCAAUUUUGGGGUGAUGGAAGAUGCUGCUUCUACAGACCAAAUAUGGUCUUGCAAUACAUGGGAAAUAUUAUGUUUACAGGAAGAGAUUGUCCUACAUUUUUGGCAAGGACCGCUGAUAAAACUGAAUAAUCUAUUCUAAUAGCCAUGCAACUUAGAGGAAUUUUUUGGGGGGCCCGGUAGAAUGUCCUUUCAAAGAUUGCAAUUUCGAAGUAUUGCUUGUCAGAUGGUAUAAAUUAACUUAGCUUUCUGUCUGUGCUUUGCUUUGAAUUCCGAAGAGAUAUACUUCGAUGUUUAUAGGGCAUCACACCUUGCUCUCUGACUUGUGGCAAGGAAAUAUAAAUAAAGACAGAGCACAGAUAAUCUCUGACUUGAGUUCUUAGAUGUGCUAAUAUUUCUAGAAAAAUAUUUUUAAGAACUAGUGUGUCCAAUCAGCUUUAUAUAGGGUCGUAUACCACUUGCACCCCAACCUGUUUAGGGAGUCCCCAGGACUCUUUAGUGUCAGAGAUGGCACUCAGGAGCAGUUAUGUCAAUGUGCCUGGCUGUCAUUCCAUACCAAACCAAGACAGUAUUGCUGGUUCUGGAUUUUUGAAAAUCCCCAAAGCACAUUAGUAAUACCUUUGAUUUCCUAAGUCUUCAUGGGUGGACCACCCUAAAGGGUACCCUACACCUGCAGCGGGUGGGUGAGUUUGUAAUACCCAACUUCACCAGAUAAUAAUCUGACAAUGACAACAGGGUUAAUUCACCCCCUCCCAAUACCCAGAUGCCCUCCUUCACAAGGUGGCGAGGUUUCCUGGUGAGCAAAAUGGAAAUAUUACAGACUACAUCCACUUCUCCCUCUCUGAUCCUUCAAUCAAGGCUGAUGCCUUCUGGGCAAAGCUGAGUCAAAUCUACUCAGCCCAACACUCUCAGGUCUCAGGAAUACAAGCCAGAUCAUAGAAUCAUAGAACUGUAGAAUUGGAAGACUGCUAGUGUUAUCUAGUCCAACCCCUUGCUAUGCAGAAGUCAAAGCUCCCUCAUCCACAAUCAACUCAUGGAUGAACAUGGUUUUAUUAAUCCCCUGGCAAUAAUGGAUUAGCCAGUUGUGUUUGACUUGAGAUGCUUUAAUGACAUUUACUAAUGGUUUACCAGUGUAUUUCCAAAAUAUCAGUUUAUUGAGAUUUCAUAGGAACGUGGUUGAGCCAAUCUUUUAUUUAUUAUUUUUUGUUACACCUUGCCUUUCAAAUACAUAAUCAGGAUGACUUUCAGUAAACUAUUAAACACAUCUGAAGCCUUAAUGUUUGAAAUAAUGUGUUGACCAAACCCGUCCUUCAUCGGUUGGUAUGUGAAGCACUAAACUUUGCUUCAGGAAGGAAGUUAGGUAUUCCAAGAGAAUGAAGUAACAUAUUUGCCCCUUAAAUAAGUGACUGCAGUAGUAAUGUCCCAUUGCUGUUGCACUUUGGUAAUGCCUACCAUCUCUAGCUGUGAGGACCAAGAUCCAGGAUGAACCCCAGUCUUGAACUUUGUGGGAAGCAAUUGCAAGGCUCAUGAACUGAACUUCUGUCAAUGUUUGUUUGGCCUUUUGGAAGGCUGUGGGAGACUGGUUUUCAUUUCAGUAGUCAAAAUGUCAGCAGGUGAAAGGUGUAUUAGGAGCUGGUUGGUUCAGGGAUAUUCUGAGGCAGAAUGGCUUGGAGUUUAUACUACUAGUGCUCCUUCUUACAGGAAAAUGAUUUUUAUGAGCAAUGAUUUGUAAGUAUUUCAACCAACAUGAAAACAAAAGCUGCUUUGUAUUGAAGCGAUUCCUGGAGCAAUAGUGGAAAAGCACUCAUUACUUGUACUGUAUAGGACACGGACACACCACAAAAACACACACUUGGAGCUGUUCCCAAGCAGUUCAGUGAAUUUUCAGAUACCAUUUGUGUCAACAUUCCGUAGCCAUCUAUGGUACAUCAAAAGUUGCAGAAAACUCUAAUAUAUGUAUAUGUCAAUACUUGAUGUGCAUUUCAGAAGAUGAUGCAAUGCAAAAUAAGUUGUAGUUCGUGCAUGUUUAAACCUGCCAUUACCACUUUUGCUGCCCCAUUAGUUGGCGUUUGUGAGAAUGGUUUUAUGCUUAACUAGUAUUUGUAGCAAUUGAGCUUUGCAUAUAUUUUCUGAGUUCUGAAAAUACGUUAAUAGUAGCAUAAUCCACCUUUGCAAAAAAAUUUGAGAAAAUUGCAGUAACGAUCUUCAAUUAUUUUAGAGAACAAGGCUUUAAGACCUUCCUUAACUGCUCUGGAUAACCUGCCAUUUGCUUAUUUGCUCUCUAGAAAAAAACACAAAACCAUAGAAUUUUAGAGCCUUUGUAUCUCUUUGUGUGAAAGUGGGAGAAUGAAACAACUGGCUAUGUUUUUGCCUGCUUCUCUGAAUUCUAACGGAGGUCAAAUAACUUAAUGAUAUUUAUUAUUGAUUAAUUUUUUUUAAGUCUCAUCAGUGUGGGAAUGCCGUAAGAGUUGCAUAAGAGAAAAAUAUAGGCCCCCUACCUUGAAGAGUUUAAGGUUCUAAAUUAGAGUGACCAUGAAAGUUCAAGGGACAAAUUUUAACUGUGUGCCAGAUCUCUUGCAUGAAGAUUGCUCUUACGGAUUGCCCUUGAAGCUAAUAUCACAGUCCUGUAUAAAAUAGGCAUUUCAGUAUGAAGGAGAGUAAAAUAUUUUUAUUAUAAAAACUUGGAAUAGGUUUUUUCGUUGUUUGGAGCUGUGUUAGAGUAAAUGCUGCAGUACUUUAUUACUUAGAUUUUUUUUACUGUUGGAACUUGGUCACCAGAAAGUUGUAUUUUAUUUGUUCUCUUUUAUUUAUGUUAAUACCCCAUGUGGCUUUGACAAUGUACAAAGUGGCAAGUAUAAUGCCUUUGCUAAAACUUUCAUGCCCAGUAAUGUACUCAGUAAUGUUCUAUAAGUAUGAUAAAUAAAAAUUGCACCAUAUUUUGAAAGUUGUGCAUGAUUAUUUUUUUGAAAAAGUUUAGAUAUGGCUUCAUUGUAGUUUUUCUGAAGUUUUAGUAAGUCUAAUGGAGGCUGUUAUGUCUUCUGUGUUAUCUUGUAAAGGGGUCAAAAACUCUGACCACUCCGCAGGAAAAUCUUGAUAAAAUUGAGUGAAUGUAUAUUGAAACAAGUCAAAUUCUUCCCAACCCAGUCUCACGGGUUUUGGUGCCAUUUUAGGCUACUGAGAGUUGGAGAAUAUUGAGGGUUUUUGUUUUGUUUUGUUUUGUUUUUUUUUGCAAGUAACAUACCUGGGUUAGGGUGGGAGCAGAGAACUAUCAGGCCCCCCCCAUGUGUUGCUUAAUUCUUUAUAUAUAUAUUCUGGUAGGUGUUACCUGUGCCAAAAAACAAUAAUAACAGAAAAUAACAUUGAUACAGAAAACACGCUGCUUCUGAUUUUUAUUGCUGUUUCUAAAUUAUAAAUCACAUGUAACAUUUUAACCCAUAUCAUUUUUUAAAAUACCGUGGUACCUUGGGUUAAGUACUUAAUUCAUUCCGGAGGUCCGUUCUUAACCUGAAACUGUUCUUAACCUGAAGCACCACUUUAGCUAAUGGGGCCUCCUGCUGCCACUGUGCCGCCAGAGCACGAUUUCUGUUCUCAUCCUGAAGCAAAGUUCUUAACCCGAGGUACUAUUUCUGGGUUAGCGGAGUCUGUAACCUGAAGUGUAUGUAACCCGAGGUACCACUGUAUGAGCAGUUCUGAUUGAUAGUCUUCAGAGAUAAUGAUUAUAGUGGUACCUCGGUUUACAAACUUAAUCUGUUCCGGAAGUCGGUUCUUAAACCGAAACCGUUCUUAAACCAAGGCACACUUCCCCUAAUGAGGCCUUCCGCCGCCGGUGCCCUUCCACCGUUUGGAUUCCAUUCUUUUCGCAAACCGGGACGCUACUUAAACUGAAUCAUUCAAAACAGGACUGUUCUUAAACUGAGGUACCAUGUAACAAAGGUAAAGGUAAAGGACCCCUGACAGUUAAGUCCAGGCACAGAUGACUCUGGGGUUGCGACGCUCAACUUGCUUUACAGGCCAAAGGAGGCAGCGUUUGUCUGCAGACAGUUUUUCCAGGUCAUGUGGUCAGCAUGACUAAGCCGCUUCUGGCGAAACCAGAGCAGCGCACAGAAACACCGUUUACCUUCCCACCGGAGCGGUACCUAUUAAUCUACUUGCACUUUCUGGCGUGCUUUCAAACUGCUAGGUUGGCAUGAGCUGGGAUCGAACAAUGGGAGCGGCAAGCCCAAGAGGCUCAGUGGUUUAGACCACAGUGCCACCCAAGUCCUGAGGUACCACUAUAGUUGCCAGUAUAUAUCCCUUACUGGUCUUCCUUGCAUAGAAUUCAAAUCCUGAUGACAUUGAACAUUGAAAAAUUCAUUGAGUUAAUAACUAUCUAGGUAUAGUAAUUUGGUCAUAUCAGGUUUGAGAACCUUGAGUUUUCUCUCUCUGUGGUGCAUCACCUAUAUCACGUCUGCAGAAAUAUGGUAGCCAAUCUCUGGUAUCCAACUGGUAGCCAAUCUUUAGCUGCCAGUAGCUCUAUUUUUAGUACCCAAGUCACUAGGCUUUCCCCUCUGUACUAUUAAUUAUUCUUACUGGUAUAUAGUUCAAAGUCCAAGGUCUUUGACCUAUGGGUCUCAGAUGUAGGUGAUGAAAUGCAGUGUCUUCUCUUGAUUCAGGUGUAGCUGGUCGGAGGGCAUAGUUGAUUUGUGUAUUAGUGAAUAGAUAACGGAGGCUAGUCGAAGUGUCUUUACAAGCAAGUAUAAAUAAGCUGUUGUGGGUAAAUGAUUAUGUAUGAACAAACACCAGACUAAUACUGCCUGCCCCAUCAAAAAAGGCAAUGUUUUCCUUGGAAGAAGUCAUGUUUAUUAAUGUUACAAGAAUCUUCAUGGGAUAGGAGUGAAGACUGUAUUUGAAAGGUGCUUACUUGAGGCAAAUGAUGGAGUUAAAUCAGCCCAGCUGACUCAUACGUCAAGGUUUGGGGAGAUCACUGUGCAUUGGAGCAUGGUUAGAACAUGUAAGAGACGUUUUCCUUAAUGAUUUACUCCUGUUGACUUGAGAAGGUUUCUCUUAAAAAUGGAAGGAGGUUAGGUGAGAGGAGUUUUUUAUCUGGAUACAGUAAGGUAUUUAAAAGCAGUUGAGACGGUAUUGAUCUUUUUAUUGGUGCCUUGUGUUUCAAUUGGCAGUGGGGAUAAUAUAUCAAUGAAACGAUAUCCUCCUGACACUUUUAUGAGCCAGUUUUGCUAAUUCUUCUGAUCUGCUUUCCCCCUUUAACUUGCUAUUGUUGAACAGAUUGAGGGAAAUACUUUUUUAUGAUCCUUUGAUUCCUGAGAUACUGCUGCUGCUUGUAUCUAGUAUCCAUGCAAGGUAUUUUGAAGUUUGGUAAUUCAGCAGAUGUCAAAGGCACGAACUAAAGACAUGUUGCUAAUGAAACAGUCACCUGGGGGCAACUAGACAUGUUGGUGGCAUUCUUACGUGUUAGAAGUCCAAUCCCUGCAAAAUUCUUUUAAAGUGGAGGGAAGAGAUAGCAGUAUUUGAAGCACAGAAAGGGUAGGGAGAUUUCAUGUUUACUGAACCCUCAGGCUUCCUGAGCACUUCUCCCUGACAUUUCCUUCUGUCUGUCUUUCUGUCAGUCUGUCUGUCUGUCUGUCUACCUACCUGCCUGGCCCAGGUCACCCAGUGAGCUUCAUGGUCAAGUGGCAAUUUGAACCCUGGUCCCCCACGUCCUAGUCCAACACUCGAUAACCACUAUACCACACUGGAUCCCCUGUUGGGGAUCUGAGAUUGAAAAUAAUUCUAUGGAUAGGAAAAUACUGUAGUUCACACCUGGAAACAAUUUAUCCAAAGGUAAUGCUACAUAUUUCAGUUCUGGGUAGAUAUUGAGAAAAUGGUUCAUUAUGACGGUGCAGAUCUCCAUAUUCACUCACUGAUUUUAAAGAGAGGAGAAAUUUACAUGUCUUUUGGCACAGAAGCAUGCAGAAUGGAGAAUUAAUGCUGUAAACAAGAAGAUUAGCUUGCUCUCUGGGUGUGUACAUGCAGAGAAAUGAAAAGAGCUAGCAAGGAAAGAUACUACAACCUUGAUUUUUAUCAAGCCAAAUUAGAACCAAAUAUUGAUCAUUUCAAUGCAAGCUUCUAUAGUUUUAUUGACAGUGGGUAGUGAUUAACUGCUGGUGUGUUUGAAACAUCUGUCGUUGCAUUAUAUAAAACAAGUUUUUUAUAUUAUACGACUCCUGAAAUUGUACAACAGUGAAGACAUGUGUAAGAGGAUGAAUGGGUGAUAUUUAUAAAAUUAAGCAUCUUGCUUGCCCAAAGUUGAAGUGCAAUAAAAUACAUCUAAUUGUUUUUGAACUUGUUCCCUGAGUGCUGCAAAUUCAGUGGAAGAGUGGGCUAUAAAUACUCUUAGUAGAUAAAUACCCCCCUUGUACUCAUUUGGAUAAAAGUAAAAUUAAAUUUCAAUAUUUUUAGAAAGCAAAGAUAAAACUUGGGCUUAUUUCUUACAAUUUUUCAUGGCACAAUCUUAGCCCUGGUAGAUGAUAUGGAAGCACAAGUCCAUCCAUUAUUUGUACAUUGGGGUACUUUUAUAGCUUUGUUUAGAGUACGUAAUGUUUUAAUAAUAUAAAUGUUUUAAGUCUUUUUUUACCAAUUCAGUAUAUUUUCUUUUAAUUGUCAAAUAAUUCUGUGUACAUUGCGACAGCCUUUGGCUGUGUGCAAUAAAACUGACUGAGACUGAGACGUAUAUACUGUACUGUACUUUCCUUCUCUACAUACCUGAGGCAAUAAGACCUAUCCCAGUACUUAUUAUUCAUGCUUUUCCUGAAACACUAAAUAACCCCCUUGGCCAUUGGCGGCACAGCAAUAUCCAGCUAUGCUUGUACUCUUAACAAAGAUUACGGCAGUUCUGAGUUUAUGUAAGCAAAUAUGUUCAUUACUACAGGAACUUGGUUAUACUAUUCAGGCUUUUUGAGAAUACUUUAGAGUAGUCGAAAUUUGGUCAUGAAUCAAAUUGAGGAGCUGUUUGAUAUUAUUUGUAAGGUGUAUAGUUCUGCAGUAGAUAAUAGUUCCUGUUAUUCUUUUGUUUGGCAUUACUUUGGGCAGGCAACUGAUACAUCUUUAAACAAACAAAGCCUCUUGUAGCGUUUUAGUUAGAUUCCUGAGCAACAGCACAAAGAUUGGCUUGUAGAUUUUACAUAAACAUAGCUUGCAUUUACAAACUACUUCUGAUGACAAUGAAACACUAAAUCUAAACUCCAAACAUUUUGCUUUCAAUGGGUUGUUGUAGCGUGAGCCGCCUUGAGCUCAGAUUCUAACAGCUCAGCUUAACUGGGUUGUUCUGUUGUUUUAGUCUGCUUGUCUGGAUUUCAGAUACAGUCGUACCUUGGAUCCCGAAUGCCUUGCAAGUCUAAUGUUUUGGCUCCUGAAUGCUGCAAACCGGUGAGAGUUGCAGUGAGUGUUCCUGUUUGCAAACGUUCUUUGGAACCUGAACGUCUGACACAGCUUCCAAUUGGCUGCAGGAGCUUCUUGCAGCCAAUCAGAAACUGUGCUUUGGUUUCGUUUUGAAACAUUUUGGAAGUCGAACGGACUUCCAGAACGGAUUCCGAGGUACCACUGUACUUCAAAUUUUAAAGACCUUGUGUAGAAAUGGCUGGCUCUUCAGAUGCUCAUUUCUGUGCAAAAAUUCAUGGUUAGACAGUGCCUUUUAUUUGUACCAACCAAAACGUAGAUUAGGCUCUACUUGGUGCUAUACAGAUUUUUCAGCGAGAGCACUGGUCUGUUCCUCCCAUUUUUGUAAAUAUAAAAUGCAGCUGGACCGCCAAAACAUACAGGAGUUUGGGUAGGCGGAAAACAAAAAAGAAUUCGCUAGUUUUAAAGUUGACAAAAUUGCAGAUUACUUUUUUAAGAUGUGUCAGGUAAAAAAGUAAAUAUAUUACAAUUAUUCACUAGUUGAAGAGAGAAGGUAAGAAUUAGAGUCUUAUCUUCAGCAAAGUUCAGUAUUCUCCAAGACAUAGACAACGGAAAGAAAGUCAGGGUAUUUGUGAAAAAAUCUGGGUAAUGAGUGGAUUCUACAUUUUCAGAAAUGGAUCAGCUAUUUUUUUGUAUGCCCUAGCAGCCUUUUGUGCACAUUGUAACCUGUGUAGUACCUAAUAGAGCCUAAUCUAAUUAAGUCUGCUAUCUUUUCCUGUACUCCAUCUUUAGACUGUGACUAAUGCAGACACCAUGGCUUCAUUAUCACAGCAGCUUUUUGACUAUUUAACAUCCAACUUAAUGAAGAGCACUGGAGAACUUGAAAGAUAUCUCACUAUGCUGUGACAUUUUUCUUGGUUCAAAUGAAGGUAUUGCCUGAUAGAGGAUUUUAAAUUAUUUUCUCAUGGAACAAAAUGGCCUUUCUUCCUUUUUUCUUUUUUUCUUUUUCCUUUCUGAAUAGUAUGUGUUAAUAUUCUACAAACGGUCUGUGUUAGUAUUGCAACUAGUAGAGAGCUGGUUCAAACUGGUCACUUUUCAUGCAUCUGCCCUUUACUAUUUCUUUUCUUUUUGUUGCAUGUGUUGAAGUAGAACAAAAGGUUGUGCUGUUUUACUGUUUGGUGCUACAACUUGAAGGAUGCGUAACGGGUCAUUAGAUUUUCAGUGUGUGUUAAGCAUCUAAACUUAACAUGCUUUGACUUAGCAUGCUUUGAAAAGUGAUUACAGGACUGAAAUGCUGUCUCUUCCACACUGGAAUGGACUAAUAGGCAGUCUUUUGGAUGGCAGUAAAAAGGAAAAAGCAGGCAAUUUUGGUUUAGGAGGGCGAUUAUCCAGUGUUGACAGUGCAGUAGAAGAAAACACUGGUAGGGCACCCAAUUUUCAUCAGCUUACCCUAGCUACUGUUGAACUUUGCACCGUUGCCACAUAUUUUAAAUCCAGAGAAGAAUCUAAAUUUAUUGGUAAAAGCAAAAGCGUUUCUGAUAAAUAAAAGCUGUUCUGUUUUCAAGGGACAGUUAAUUGUAAUAAUUUAACAAAAGCUACCAAUAUGACUGUGCCGUUAUAGAAAUCUUGAAAUAGGAGUUUCUAGUAAAUGUAUGAAUCUGAUGAAGUAGGCUGUUGACUACCAAAGCUUUUGUAACAGUUGGAUAUGCUAGUUAAGACAAACUUAAAAAUAAAUUCAUAUAAACUGCUUGUUUCCUUAACUACACUUUACUGCUUUAAUAAUGCAAAAUGAAACAUUUAUAACCAUGGAAUAUGAAAUUGUUCUGUUUGACAUAUUUAAGAAAUUUAAAUCCAUAAAUGCCUUAGUUUAAUACAAGCAAAAUUUCAAAUAUAUCUGGUUGGUUUCUACUUCCUUCUGUGAGUCUUGGUUUGUUGGAAUGUAGUAGUCACCCAAACUUUCAGAUUUUUCAUCUGAGGCUUGGGCAUCCACAGCAGGAUUUUGCUCUUUCUUCUUUGCAGCUACUUUUCCCCUAGUCAGUAACAGUGAUUUGUAGGGAGAGGUGAAAAGGUAGACUAUGAGGGAGGGGUCAGGCCAAAAACGACAGAAGAAACAGGAUGUUCUCUUCCAGCAUCUCCAAGCAAGAGCAAAGGUUACCAAAAGAAGGCAAGCAGCAAUUCACAAACAAUGAAAGCCCUGUACAUUAUGUGUCUUAUGAAGAUGUCUAGGAUUGAUGUAUAUGUCAGAAAAGUAAUUCUCUAAUUACAAUACUUAUUCUUGGCUAAAGUUCAUGGUUAGCUAGGAGAGAGCUUAACCAUAAGUUCAGAUGGCACACUGGGUUCAGAUGGCAUGCUAAGCCAACCCUUCGCUCAGCACAGGGUUGAAGAAAGCAGCUGGCUUACAAUGUGGUCUGGCUUACAAUGUUGUGUGAACAAGAAUCAGUGGCUACUAGUCAGGAUAGCUGUUGCUAUGACUUAAUAAUCAUUUUUUACAUUCAUUUCAAGGCAAUUUGCAAACAUACCGUGAAACAGCUAAAAUGUUAUUUUAAAAAUAGAAAAAAAUAGAAAAUAGAGAGAGGUUUAAAAACAAUAAAAAAUGAAUGCUUAAGGCAGGUUUUCAUUCGGCUGGAAAAACAAAAAUGUCUUCAGUUAUAGAAUCUUAGAAUUGUAGAGUUGGAAGAGACCCCAAGGGUCAUCAACACCCUGCAAGGCAGGAAUCCUGGGUGGGCUCAAACCACCGACCUUAUGGUUAAAAGCCAGACUCAUUGUGCCACUGAGGACUCCAAAUUGUUUCCGGAAAGUACAGAUAUUGGGCACUAUUCAUAUCACAACAGGGAUGCUUUCCCACAAAAUGGACAGUGCAUCUGAGAGACUAUGGAGUGGGCCUCUUCUUGAGACGUUAAGGUGAAAUUCCUGCCGAAUGCACUGACCUACUGGGAAUAUAAGGGAUAAGAAGUUUUCUCAAGUAACCUGCUCCUGAGCUGUAUAGAGCCAUUUGAGUUACUACCAAAACAUUGACUUUGAUGCAGUAGCACGUUGGCAGCCAGUGCAAAUCUCACAAGGCAGCCCUUUAAGCAGUUUAGGGAAGUUUUUAAUGUCUGAUGUUUUAUUCUGUUUUUAAUCUGUUGGGAGCUGCCCAGAGUGGCUGGGGAAACCCAGCUGGAUCGGUGGGAUAUUAAUAAUAAAUUAUUAUUAUUAUUAUUAGGUGUGUGCAGCUGGUAGUUUGCCCCUACAAACAAUACAGAAUGCAUAACAUAAACUUUGCAGCAUUUUUGAGGCCUAGUGGCUUUGCUUAUCUUCUGAAAAACAUUGCUAUUGAGCAUAGCUAUGCAGUUCUGUAUAAUUUCUUUCCCAGCUUUGGAUAGCAUAUAUGGCAGGUAUAUCUUGGAUUGUGCUCAAGAUGGGCAUCUAUGCAGAUGGAGCACCAGUGACUUUACUUGGAAUAUACCCUUUUAUGAAGGAAGACUGUGUAAUGUAGUACAUGCAUGUCCUGCUAUCUGCCCGUUCAGUGUGCAGAAAUUCACUUAUCUGAACGCAAAGAAUUAGGCCUAAACCUUGCUAUACAGCCCACUGGAAAUUGUCCAGUUCCUUACUUCCUAGCUUGUUUGUGCUUUGCUGGUCAGUGACAGCCAUUUUCGGGCAGAAAACAUGCAGGGAGGAAGUGAGAUCAGGCAAAAUAGAGAGCAGGAGAGAUCAGACAAAUCAGUUUUCCCUUUGUCUCUCUUUUGCUGGUUGGCUGCAGCCAUUUUAGGAAGAAACCAUGAAGGGAAUGGGGACAGACAUUGAGCAAAUCCUGGAUUAGAUAUAUUCGCAAAAGACUCAGUGGAAAUCAUGGACUCGUUAUGCGAACUUUCACCUAACAAAUGAUUUCCAGGGAGCACAUUGUGUUCUGUAAGCGGGAACUGCAUGUACUGAUUUAAAAUGUAGGAAUUCUAAGAUUGCACGUGGUUGCAGUUACACAUUCUAUAACAUAUGAAAUGUUUUCUUCUAGGUGCAAUGGAUGAGCUUCAUAGCCUGGAUCCAAGAAGGCAGGAAUUGUUAGAGGCUAGAUUCACAGGAGUAGUGAGUGGAAGCACUGGGAGUACAGGAAGCUGUAGUGUUGGAGCAAAGGUAAGUAGAAAUAUUAGCUGUACAACAUAAAGUGCUCUUUUUCAACAGAGUGGUGAUGAUCUACCUCAGCAAGUGUAUUAAGCAAAAUGUCACAAUGAGGUACAAGAGAAAAUGCUGAAGUUCAUUCAAUACCUGGAGCUCCUUUUAGCAGCAUCUUCUGGAAGUAGUUGCACAAGCUUUUGGCUACGCCAGAAUCUCUAAUUAUGUUCACAUGGUGACCAGAAUAUGCAUGUAGGUGGUAGUUUCUGGAAACAUAGACUCUGACACUAUCUUAAUACUAUAUAAUUUCUAACUAGCUGUUUGAAACAUAGUAUGCCAAAUAGUGUCUCUGUUUCUCAACAGGCCUCAACAAAUAAUGAGAGUUCUAAUCACAGUUUUGGAAGCUUGGGAUCUCUAAGUGACAAAGAAUCAGAGGUAUGAAGUAGUUAAACAACUAAACUGACACUUCUUAUGUAAGAUUGUUGUAACUCUUUUUCAUACUUGUGUACAUUAGGCCUCAUUCUUGAAAUGUGCAUGCCUGUGAGAUUUUCCUGAAUAGUUCUACAUUGAAGAUCUGGAAAGAACCAAUAUUUUAGUGUUUGUGCAGGAAGAUUAUAAAUGUUGUGCUGGUCAUGUAUGAGUAGAUUUGGUUCUAUUCAAAUGGAAGGUUUGCUAACCACUUUUAGUUUUCUGUUGGAUAACGCUAUCUGAAAUAUUAGGAUAUUGUCAAUAAAACACUUUUUUAGUUAAUGCAGAUCAAUUAUUCAUCUUUAAAUUCUUUCAGUGCAUAGUGGCUUCCAGAAUUACAGCUGCACUAUUAUGUGUGCAAUUUUCGGUGAUGGCUUCAUUUCAAAGACUAAUCAAAUGUCUGUCUAUUUUAUUAUGAGAUUGGAGUUGAUUGGUAAUACCUUUUAUUCCUAAGCUGUGACCCUUAAAUAGGACUAUAUACUAUUUAGCAGCUGUACUGCUAAAGGUUCCUUUCAUUUCUUGGAAUAGCUAAUUCUGUACACCUCGGAAUUUCUCCAGCUUGUGAACCUUUCCAUAAAUCUACGUGGAAAUGACAUGUAAAACUUCUGUUGGUGAAAUUCAGCUGUACGUAUGUAGACGCCUGCCCAUGUAACGGGAAUUAACUGUCUUCUCCAACUCCCCGCAGCCUCCCUGGGUGCCUCCAAAGUCCACUCUUAUGGGGCCCCAAACCCUCUAGAGUAGAUGUUGAGGGCACAUGGAGGACUGCAAGGAGGAGGACAGGAAGGUGAAGUCCCUGUUGUGUGAGCAGAUGUCUAUUCUGCUAAUGCACAGACAACAUUGAUGCGAUCAACAAGUAACAGUAUGGCUUUUUUUCAGUCAUACAAAUACCUGUUUCCUUCUGCCUAUAUAUAACCUACCCAAAGAGUCCCUUCAUCAAAGGCCCUGAUCACUAUGCCAUCUCAAGUGAAGUGUAACAGUGGCUACAAAACAGUGGCAGGGCCUUGUCAUUGCUGGCACCCUGAUUAUAGAACAACCUCUGCAGAAAGAUAAUUGCCUGGCACCUUGCUUAUGAUCUUUGUGGCAACAGGUGAAGAACUUUUUGUUCACCCAGGCCUGGUAAACUUUUGUUUUCAAAACAAACCAUAGGGGCCAUAUCCAGUGUUGCAGCUCCACUGGCACAAGGGCUUGAGUGUGCACAAUGGAACUUCCUGUUCCUCUCUUGUCCCCUCCAGCCUCACCCCCCUGCAUUGUCAAAAUCGGCUGCAGAUGAUUGACAGACCCUCCAAAGCACAUUUGGGGGCACAAAGGGAAGAGAGAAAAUGGAAAUCCCAUUGCUCCUGCAGAACCCUGCUGGUGCAGCAUUAAAUACAAUCCUAGGUGUUUCAGUACAUUUUCAGAUAAACCUUUUGCCCCCUGCUCUGUAAGCUGUUUUGUUCUGCCUCUGCUAAGAAUUUUUUUGUUUGUUUAAUUGAUCUUGGUUGGUUUUAAUAACUCUAUUUUUAAUUUUUUUAAUGUGUGCCUCAAUUUCGUAAGCUUCCUAGAUAUGUUCGCUGGUAUAUUUGAGCUCUAAAACUUUAUGUGUGCAUUCUCUUUUUCUCAAGAUUGUAAAAAAAUAUUUGACAAUAGAGCUUCUGUUAGGAUGUGGUUGUAGGGUUGUAAUUUCAAAAAGACAACAGCUUUCUGAUUACUUGUGAUUUCUCCAAAGUACUUGACUGUAAAAUGUAGGUUAUGCCUGGGAUUCAAAGAAUGGUGCAGCUAGUUUCAUGUGGGGUGGGGGUGAGGAGUGCUCUUUUUCAAGCAGCAGCCUUCUACAUUACAUGGCAACUACGUCCGAAAAAAGGGGUUUCUAAAAAGUCAAGGACCCAUCACAUCAUAUCAGCAUAAGAAUUCCCACUUGACACCUAUAAUCCCUUGUGCAUGCCUAAAAGUAGAUCUUUGCAUCAAAUUCUUCGCAUGAAUGUAAAACACACAUUUAGAACGAUAAGGUUUUUUUAAAAAAGCUUAACUCAGAAACAGGACAGACUUCAUUUCUCCUUCACUUUGUCACUGUAGUUGUCAGUGCACCUAGCAAUUCAUCCAGUACAUGCAUUAGAUUUGGCACAACAACUUCUAGCUUGAAAUGAGCUUGCUUGUAUUCAGGAGCGUUCCAAAAUGAUCGAAGGGUCAUCUGUUUUUGAUCACAUUGUUGGAUUGUGGUUGAAAUGUGAAGAAUUCAGAAAAUGCUGUUUUGACUCAGAAUUACUUAGCAGUACAUUUCCCCCCCAAAAGCUAUACUUGGAUUUCAGCUGUAUAUGGGAAAUAGUAAUGACUUCUGCCUACUGUUUUAUGAGCAAAUUGAUUCCAGCGCCUUUUGGCCUCUAACUUUUCUGUGUUAAACUGUGAUUAAAAUUUGCUGACUCUUUAUAUUACACCAUGGGUUGUUUGAUUGUGCUAACCCUAUCCAGCAGCUUAACUUGGGUUACAGGCAACAAGCCACAAUCUGAAGCCAUGGUUUGUUGGCUCACAAACUUGCUUUGUUUUUUAACUAUGGUUUGGUAUUGUGUGCAAACUGAGUAUCCUUUCUUAACAAUCAUUUUUUUGGCCUCUUCACCCCAGAUGCUUGUUGAGCUAUAAAGACAUAUAGAAUAACUCAUGAUUUGUUAAACGAUGGCUUAGCAUUAUGUGUAAACCUGGCCAAUAAGGAAAAUAAUAUUAAUGUGUAAUUGGGAAAUUGCAGUUUGCUUUCUUUUGAAACUUAGUGGUGGUGGUUUGGAGCUUGUGUCCUAGGAAAGCAUGUAUUUACUGUAGCUUUGAUCCAGAGUUAUCCCAUCUGUGAAUGGAAAUGUUCAUUCUGUUCACAAAAGGGGUUGAGAUCCUUUGAAGGCACAGGUUGGAGGAAGGCAAGGAGACUAUUUUUUCCAAUUCCUCCUUGCCACCAUGAACACUGCUCACCCAGUCCUCUGUAGCAGCUCUUGGGAGGUGUUGUUGCUGCUGCUGCUGCUGAAAGAAGGAAUAAUUUUGCAAGAAACACCUCUCCCCGCCUCAAUUCCCUUAUUCCACCUGGAGCAUCUCAUGAGUGGAGCUUUUUGUGUGGGAAUUCUCAAUCCAACUCUGUGCUCUUGUUUACAUUUUUAAUACUUUUUAACACUACAAAAUUAAUGGCUUGUAUCAAUUCCCACGCCCAACAUACAUAAGCACAAGGCAUUUCACAUCUUCACAGGGGUUGCUGUUGAUCCCUCCAUUCCAUUCUGGAGGGUCUCCUGUUUAUUUCGGCGGGGGGCUGUUAUGGCAGAUGUAGGGGUUGCCUCGGAAAGGGAGUGUGUGCAGUAGGAAGGUCAUGUGACAGUUCUUUAAACCUGAGCCAGUCUUUUCUGUAGCUCGUAGUUGUUACAGUCAGCUUGUAGAGAUGUUUUCAAUAUUUAUAUGCAAGCAAAUAAAAGAAUAAAAUAAUAUUAAAACAACCUGGUUUACUGGGGCGAUAGAAUGAAGUAGCUGCAGUAACUUGAUGCGAGUAGGGAUUUUGUACAAUUCCUGAAAAAAAACAUUUUAUGUGUCACCUUGGAGAUAAGUGAAGCUGCCUAUUGGUUGAGCAUCUCUUUUUAAUGCACAUUUGUGUGUAGAACUGUUGCUGGCUCCUUUUCUAUGCAUUAAACAGCAUGAUUUUGUGUCUGGCAGACUCCUGAGAAAAAACAGUUGGAACCUUCUAGAGGAAGAAAAAGGAAAGCAGAAAACCAGAGUGAAAGUAGUCAAGGUAUGAUAUAUAUCAUGUACAGCUGAUUUUUUUUUUAAUUGAAUCAUCUAGUAACAUUUCAACUUCUUGGGAAAGAAGUCCUCCCUUUUUGAAUGUCACACCGUUGCUUUGCAUUGUCAGCGGGCAUCUAGCUGAACUGAGUAAAAAUUCCACUAAAAGUUGAAUUUGGCUUAUAUGUAAUUAUGGUUUUCUGCUUGCCAAAUUGUAGUCUCUAGCAGCACUUUACACAAAUAUGGCCCUAGGAGUUAGUUUCCUUUUUGAAAAGACAGGAUGGAGUCAAUUUUGUAGUUAUGCUGUCUUCAGCUGAACAGUCAUCCAUUAUGGUUGUUUUAAAGACCAGCAUUCUUCCUUGUUGCUCUUUUCAUUUCAUAUCAUUUUCAGACUGUAAUGUCACUUUUCCACAUUACUGAUCUCGAAGCAGCUUACAACCUGUUGAAAUGACAAAAUAUAGAACAAAAAACACUGCUGUUCUACACACAUUCAGAAGAUAAUGAAAAAUUAACAAAAUCCAAGAAUCUACUUUACAUAUAAUAAUACAUAUAAUAUUCAACAAAAUAUUAGCAAACUCACCCUGUCAGUUGCAACAAAUUAAUAAUUGCAAAUAUUGUUAACAAAGCAAACAGCAUUUUUUUAAAAAUAGUUUUAUAAAAGUAACAAAUUUCGCUUGAUUUUGUCUUAGGGCUUUUCAAACUCCUUCAAAGUAGUCUGGAAGGGACAUGCUGCAAGUUUUAUUUUGUCUUUUGACAGACACUCGAAGGAUCAAUGAUUCUCUAUGGAUGUCAAUAAAUACACUAUCUCAGUCUGGAGAUGUGUUCACUCGAGAGCAAAUAGAGUGUAAUAGAAAAAUGUUUUAAAGUUGAGGUGGUCUAUUAGAAUUUUUAAAAAUAAACUAGCAUUGGAAUUGAUAAAUAGCACUCUGUAUUGCUAUGAAGAUUUGGAACAAGAAAUAAUAUCUGGUUGCUUCAUUUGCUUAUAUUUGAUUCAAUUGCUGUCAGUAAUUAGUUCUUCAAUCCCUGUCCCAUCAUUCUAAAAGGCUCCCAGCCCUCCUUUGGAAGAGUGUGUGCUUGGUCCUGGAUAAAAUGCUAUUUUUAAAAUCCAUUUUCUUAUCUUUGUAGACUUUUGUCCAGAGUACAAAAGUCUAUGUGCUCAAUACACAUUGAUACAUGCACAUGCAGAGUAAACAUGGCUGCUUGUUUAACUUUGCAGAUUUGAUGCUUUUAAAUUAAAUUCAAAAAUAUCAGAAGUUGAUUUGCAUUGUUUAACCCAUAGCACAAGCUUUGAAGUGUGUUUGUGUGGGUGCUUCACAGAAGUGCUGCUAAACAGAAAUUGUAUAAUAAACUUGUAAAUGGCUUAUUGUUCCUACUAUCUGAAAUAAAAGAGAAAUGUAUUUUAAGAGCAAAUUAGCCUUAAGCGACUGUUUCGUUGGAGGACUUAUUCUACUAGGUCUAGUAAUUAAUGUGUUACUUUAUCAAACUUGUCUGAAUGGGUUUUGCAGAGCCCUAUUUUAUUUUCAUUGGAAGAAAUGGUAGCUGCUGGUUAAAUAAAGAGGAGUGAAGGACCAUCUUGUUUUAUUGUUUAGAUAAAUAGGCAUUCCUUUCAUAAACUCAUUAGAGAUGUGCUGUUGUACGACACACCUUAGAAGUGAGAAUAGUUUGAGGGUUAUAGUUGACACACAAACAGCCACACUUCCUAGUUCCUUCCUAUACAUGUUUUAGACUGCUGCUGUUGUGUCUUAGAUUGCUAUCUUGUCCGUCUUCCCAAAAGAUAUCAGGGUGACAGGCUCUGCUAGAUGUUAUUGGCAUAAUUUUGCACUUUACAGUGGCUUGGACCCAGACACAAUUUGCUGCCAUCUCACAGAGAACACUCUCCUGGAGUAUAUGGUUGGUGGUGCUCCAAUGCUUAUUUUGGGGUGCACACCACAACUGCUAAUUCAUGGUUCAAAUAAUAAUAAUCCAUAGAAUGUCUGGUAGACAUUUUGGAAAAUGCUUUCUGUAAACUCCAUUCCAAGCUAUGGCCAAGUGGAAAUUGCCGUCAGUAAUGAAUUUUCUAUGGAAAUAGGCAUGAGACUAGUGCUCUGGAACGGUCUCAUUACUCUUCAUGUGAUAACUUUAGACAAAUUUAUGGCUUUAAAGAAUAUUUUGGAGAGGGAAGAAAGCAUUUCAUGAUAAAAGGAAGAAACACUACUUUUUAAAGCCAAAGCCUGUGUGGGUGAGAGACAUUCUCGGUCCUUUUUUUUCUGUACGUGGGAGAUGGUUGUAAUGACUUGAAAGCUGUCUCAAAAUUUCAUAGGCCAGUAUCAACAGCAUCUUGCAAUUACAACUGAUGAUCCUAUACUUGACUUACAAAGCAGUAAAAACUAAUGUAGGCUGUGUGCAUUGUUGCGAAGUGUAAGAUGUUAUCUAUACCAUAUUUAUAUGUAGAGAGUGUUCAGAAAGUUGUCUGUCUUUUCCAUUCCUUGGAGACACAUCAGAGUGUUUUGUGUGCGUUCAAAGAGCCAUAUGGCCACUUUACAGUGGUGCCUCGCAAGACGAAAAGAAUCCGUUCCGCGAGUCUCUUCGUCUUGCGGGUUUUUUCGUCUUGCGAAGCAAGCCGUUUAGCGGAUUAGCGCUACAGUAUUAGCGGCUUAGCGGGCUUAGUUGAUCAGCUGAUAAGCGGCUUAACGAUAAGCUGAUAAGCGGCUUAACGAUAAGUUGAAAAGCGGCUUAACGAUCAGCUGAUAAGCGGCUUAGCAUCAGCUGUUAAGCGGCUUAGCCAUCAGCUGAUAAGCGGUUUAGCGGCUUGGGAAAAAGGGGGGGGGAGGAAAAAACCCCGCAGGAACUCGCAAGACAUUUUCGUCUUGCGAAGCAAGCACAUAGGAAAUUCGUUUUGCGAAGCACCUCCAAAACGGAAAACCCUUUCGUCUAGCGGGUUUUCCGUCUUGCGAGGCAUUCGUCUUGCGGGGCACCACUGUAUUUCAGUCGACUUUUGGUUAGGGAUGUUAAGGCACCAAUGCACAUGUUUUUAGCUUUAAACUUUUAUCUUUCUGGAAUUUGGGAUAUCUUUAUCUUCUAGAUUUGUUUUUAAACUAUGGUGAUUGGUCUUUAAGGUCUUGCGCUGAGCCAUCAGGAUCAAGCAGCUCAGAAUGGUAAAUGGAUAUAAGUUGCUGUGUUUCCUUGUUACUACAAUGGUCAUACAACUGCUCAAAUGUCUUUUGCUGACUAAAUCAGUCCUAUUAAUUAUUCAGCCUGUGGAAUUAGGAUAAGAACACAGAUAAGUAGGCUCUUACUUACAAAUCCUCAGGCCGCAAUCAAUCUGCAACCAUAAGGUGUUUAAAAGGCCUUGUUUACUGCAAAAAAACCUAAUGUGGCUACCAGUGCAAUCUUGUACAUGUCAGCUCAGAAGUAAGUUCUAUUGAGUUCACUAGGUCUUGGUUGGAGUUACAUGGCUAUAGGAUUGUGGUCCUGAUUAUCCAAGAUUCAGCAAACCAUUAGUCAUGAAUAAGUCCGCUGAAAGCAUUGGGACUUUUCAGUAGUAACUAAGUAUAAAUCUGGAGAAAUAAGGUUGGUCCAUAUAGUCUUUGAAAAAGUGAUUGUUUAGGCAUUCCUAAAAGAUUAAUGUAAGGAAACAAGCACUUGCCAAACUAACGAGAAUCUGUGAGAAGCUAAAAUUAAACAAUACCUUACAACCUACAUAUUGCACAGCAGAAAUUAUGCUUUUUUUCCCUCUCUAAUCUUUUUGAUGAUGAUUUUAUUUUUUAGGGAAAAACAUUGGUGCACGUGGGCACAAAAUUAGUGACUAUUUUGAAGUAAGUGCUAUGAUUUCACUAUAUUCUAGUUAAGCUGUUUCUGUUUCAUACAUCAAAUGUAGCUUUUUCUGAGGGAUAUAAACUAUUGUAUUUGGUUGGUUGUUUUUUAUUUUGUAUAUAAACAUUUUUUUUCUUUUCUUCAUCCCAAAGUGCAUAAGGUAACAAACAUUUAUUUAAUCCCUUUUUGAAUGCUCUCUCAAACUAUCUAUAUGUUGAUUUACCUUGAUGGAGAGAAGAUGGUUGUCACUGAACCUAGUGCAGGUCUUCCAAAACAGUGGUAAACUGAAUAAAACGGGGUGCAUUUUGACUUUUUUUGUACUUAAACCAUACAGUUCCAACUAGAACAGGGGUCAGCAACCUUUUUCAGCCAUGGGCCCGUCCACCGUCCCUCAGAGCAUAUGCUGGGCCGGACUAUAUUUUGAAAAAAUAAUAACAAUUGAACGAAUUCCUGUGCCCCACAAAUAACCCAGAGAUGCAUUUUAAAUAAGGACACAUUCUACUCAUGUAAAAACACGCUGAUUUCUGGACCGUCCGCGGGCCGGAUUGAGAAGGCGAUUGGGCCACAUCCGGCCCCCGGGCCUUAGGUUGCCUAUCCCUGAGCUAGAAGUUCCAGAUAGUGUUGCUUUCCUUUUACCUCCCAGCAUAUGCCUAUUGGAAAUUUAUACAGAGCUAAAAGAAUAUGGAUUUUGUGACCCAGUCAUGCUAUUGCUACUUUUCUUACAUUGUUGCUUUUGUGAAAAAGCUUCAGACAUAUAGUCAUAACUGGAGACUAAUGGAACCUAGUAGGAAGUGUGACUCUAUUACAAUGUGCUUUUUAGCACAAAUGAGCAAAAGGUGUCAUCAGUAGAAAAACGGGCUGCUGCUAAUAUCCUCAGUUUUAGUACCAUGGGCAUAAAUUUUCAGCAGCUUCCUGAAUUUACAUAUUUAGUCUCGAUGGCAUUGGGCACUAUUUAAUAGAUUUCUCAGUUAUGGAAGAAUUGCACAACCUUUCUACCGUUAAAUUUUGCAUGCCUUUCCUGUGACAUUUGACAAUCCCUGGUUUCCUAACUGUAAUACUGUAUGCCUCUUCAACAGUUUAGUUUUUUGCUUUCAACUUAAUUUACUUAGAAUUUCACAAAAUAUUGAAUUAAGCAAGUUAGGAAGCAAAAGCUUUACCAAAGACUUUCUCCCUCAUUUGUGCUUUUUGCUAAGCUGUGCUUGCUGGGGUAGCUUUUCCAGGGUAGUGUCUCUCAACAAGCUAUUGCGUAUGUAUUCUAUGUUAGCUGUUUCUAGAGGCCCUUGAUAUUUUAAAAUGUUUUAAAUAUGUAUUCAUUUUAUUUUAAUAGUAUUGUUCUAUUACUUUGUUUGCUGCCCUGGGCUUCUUUCAGGAGGAUGGAUGGGAUACAAACUUAAUAAUGUACAAACUGGAGAUUGCUCCUGCAAAAGUGAACGCCUUUGCCUUAAAUCUAAAGUUAUAAUGGCAGUAAUACUAAGUUUUGCUCAAGCAUCAGUUAAUGGGCAAUUAGUUUUUAUACAGAAAUAAAAAUGAAGAAUUGUUGAGUGUUGAAUUGCUGUUGUGAUAAACAAGUUUGUCUCAACACACCCCAUGCAAAUCAAUCUGAAGGGUAUUGCAUUUGAUUACAUAAUCUGAAUUUUGCUUAGUACAUUUCUGUUAGACUAUAAUUGACUUGUUCACUUUUUUCCAGUACCAAGGUGGAAAUGGGUCUAGCCCAGUAAGAGGAAUGCCUCCUGCGAUUCGCUCUCCUCAAAAUUCACAUUCCGCCCCUUCUUCCGUAAGUUUACUCUGUAUAAUUAUCAGCUUAUGAUUCAGAAACGUUCAUGACAGUCAAAACUAAUCUUGCAGAGGCAGUGGCUUGAUAGAGUGUUCCCUUAGAACAGGGAACGUUUGACCAGGACUGAUGGAAUUGGAAGUGCAACAUGAUCUGGAGAGCCACCGUUUCCCCAACCCUGCUUUAGAACGCACGCAAAAACACCAACAACCACUUUUAUUGUAUUGUUACUUUUUGUUCGCCUCCCUAUUGGUAGUAUGCUUGCAUAGAAACCAGUGGUUGAGUCUUUCUGCCGGGCAGUGUGAUAGGAGUGUUCUGUUACUUCUUUUUCAGGUCCACAUGUUGGGGGUGGGUGGGGAGCCAGAUCAUAAAUAACAGUGUAAUGUUAGAAGUUAUUAAAUGGCCUUAAUGCGGGAUAGCCAAUGAUGCUCACGUGAUUGAGAAAUGGAUUUCUGUUUGCAUGAUGGGACUUAUCCCUCAACUCUCUGGAGCAGAUUUUUGUGGAGUGCAGGAGGUGUAGCAUCUAGGAGAGGAAAAAGAAGUCCCAUUGUGUGAGCAGACAUACCUGUAUGUAGUUGAAUGUUGCCCAAUAAAAUUAUUCAAAGUGUCAAACUUUCAUGAUUUGUCAGUUCUUAUGCUUGCACUUUUUGGAAAUAAUUGGCAAGAGCAUUGAACGUGGGAACAGGUUCUUACUGUCGGGUUGCCAUAUUUCAAAAAGUGAAAAUCCGGACACAAAAGUUGUUGAGCUUUUCUUAGUUUUGCCCAAAGUUAUUGAGCUUCCCCACCCCCACCCCGGCAAAAUCGCAAAACAGAGGGGAAAAAAUUCAGUGAUUUCCGCCCAGACACCGUAUUCCAGUUAUGUCCAUGAAAUUCUGGACGUAUGGCAGCCCUGUCUUGCUGAGCACUGGGGUAGAAUAUUGCCAGAACAUUUCCAGCCUCUCUCCUUAUACGAUCUGAAGAGAAACCAGAGUACUCCCCCCCCCCUUAUCUCCUUUGAAAAAUAUUGCCUAUUAAAUUUUUUAAUGCGGAGAGGGAUCUGCAGGUAGUCAGCUGGGUUAAUGAUAAUGCAGCUUGUAAAAAGGUGAAGGUCCAAUCUAGAAUGGUAAAAUAGAUUUCGCACAUCCAGUUCUACCCGGUUAGAGAAAUGUGAGACAUUUUAAAAUCUCAAGUUACUAUAUCUCACUGAGGAGAAUUUUCCUUCUCCCCCCGUUCCCGGUCCUACUCCAGUACUGACAAAAGCUUCAGACUUUAUCUUCUAGUAGCUGAGAAAAUUGAAGCACUUCCAGUUAAAUACCUCUGCACGUUUAAUCUAAUGAAACGAUGGUGUCUUCAGUGGGUCUGGAUUACUCCCCUGGUAUUUCUCCCUCAAUUCUGCUAUAGGCAAAGAGCUAGCUCUUGGGAAUCCCGUUGAAUUAAAACAAUUAAAUGAAGGUGGAAAUGCUACAAAAGAAAUGUUUUCCUCUUCUCCCCAUCCUCUUGCUCCUUCUUGUAACUAUAGAAUCCACAGGCAUGUUCAGUUUACAGAAACAACCCCCCCCAUACAGGUUGGCUUUUUCUUUAAAAUAGAGUGUUUCCUCCUAAUUCUUUUUUUACUAAAAGAAAAUUGAGAGGGGUUUCAGUUAUGCAUAUUUGGAAGAUUGUCAGUCCUCUUUUCCCAAACAUUUCAAGACACUUCCCCCCACCCCCAAUGGAUUUUGGUUUGUGUCUGGGGCACGUCUUUCCAGGCAAAGACACAGCGCUGCCAUGAGCAAUUUUCUUCCCCAUACUUCUCCUAGGCGUCUGCGUCAGAGGUGGGAGAGAGCCACCUUCUGCUGUGUCCCCACAAAAUAGUAGGGAGAAGCAAUUCAUGCUUGUCCUUGGACUGUUCUAUUAAAUUAUUUCUUAGAAACCUCUAGGUAAGGUCUGCCAUUGCUUAACUGUUCCCUUUCUGAUGCAGCAGUUAGGGAGGCUGGUGUUUUUGUGUAGUGUUGCUUCAGAAACGAAGCGUUCAAAUAGGGUUGCUAUAUCUUGAAGAGCAAAAAAGAGGACAGCCUCAGCUCAGGUUGGUCACGACUGCGGCAUGCAGAGCAGACAUUUUCUUUAAAAUGUAAAAAUUCACCCGGAUGUGCGUGUUGGCCCCCCAAAAGAGGACAUGUCCAGGUUUCCCCAGAUGUAUAGAAAUUCUAACCAGCCAUUACCAUCUAAAGGAAGAAUAUUCCCUGAUCAUUUGUGGGGUGAAAAAUAUUUUCCCACAUACCCUGUCUCAGCUACAAUCUAGUAGUUGAUGCGUUGUUGCCUGUUAAAACAGCUUUACCAACAAAGUGUCUCCAAGCAUUUUUUUUUUUUUAAAGAAGAGCUGUUAAUUUCCAAAGUUGUAAUUUGUAGUGAGUGUCUUUGAAAUAAUAUUGCGCACCAAAAGUAUUAGAAGAUGCAGCAAAAGCCACCAGUGGUUCCCCUAAUUGCCUCCUCCCUAUUGUCUGGAAAGUCUUUGCAGUUGCUGAGACAAGUAACCGGUUGCUAGAAUUUGGAUAGUGAUACAGGACAAAAAUGUUUCCAUUAAGAAUUAGCACAUUUACAAACACAAGUCUCAAGUCUAUUGAAAAAUAAAUUGGUACUACCUGAGGAUCUGAACCUGUCCAAUGCAAAAGGGGUGAGGUGUAAGAUACAGAGGUCCCUUGGUUCUGCGCUGUCUCUCAGAGACCAAUUUAUGUUGCUGUAUCCAUGCAGUUGCCUUAUAUGAUAGUCUUACUACCCCCUUAGAGACCGUUUGAAAUGGUAUUUUCUCUGAAGGUGCAUGAAAUGAUUUCCCCCCGUUCAUUAUAAAAUAAAUAAAUUGGGGACAGUUCUGACAUUGGUGGCAGAGGCAAAUGGUGACUUUGUAACAUUCCCUGCAGACGAUAUUCUCAUGUACCAUGAGGAAGUUUCUGUCCUCUGAGAUCUGAAUAGUGUAGCUUUUAGUACUGGAGAAUGAAGAGUCAUGUGUAUUCCAGUUGUAGGUACUUACUCCUUUUAGUAGAAGAAAUAAAUGGCUGGUUUUUAUUCAUGGUCUGGCUACCACUGAUUCCAAGCAUUUCAGGUGUGGGGAGGGUGAAAGAGGACAAUGUCUGACCAGGCAGUUUCCCUUAUUUUAGCAAUUUACUUCGUUCUUAUUUCUGCUUUACAGUUACAUGUAAAUCUUAUAUUUUAUCCGUGCACAUUUAGGUUCGACAGAAUAGUCCUUCUCCUACUGCGUUAUCUUUUGGGGACCACCCUGUUUCACAACCAAAGCAGUUGUCAUUUAAAAUUACUCAGGUGAGCACUCUGGAUUGUAAUUCUAUGCUUAAUGCUGAAAAUACAUGAAGCCAUUCUGUUUCAUUAUUCUACACGCAUACACAUUAGUUCUGAUUUGUAACUUAGAAAAGGUGGCGCGUAGUUAAAGCUAAACUUGAAGUGUUUGUUACAGUGAAAGAUUGAGAGUAAAUAGAAGCAAGCCAUUCUUCGUCUCUAUAUUUUACUCCCAUUCCCAGCAUAACAACACGUGAUGUGCCUAGGGAGAUUACAAAAAUAUAUAUAUGGAGUACAAUUUCAGGAUGGAUGCUUUGGGAUUUAAGGUCUCGAGAUUCUGAUAGAUGGAAAUGACAACAUCAACAAGAGUUAUUAUUAUUAAAAAAUUUAUACCGCCCUUCGUAGAUCUUAGGGCAGUUCACUACAUAAAAAUACAAGGUAAAAACCACAAAAUACAUAAUAACAAGAUUAAAAUGGAAAAGCAGGGUGCAGGUAACUUUUAUCAAGGCUGUGUAAAGUAAAGGUAAAGGUACCCCUGACUGUUAGGUCCAGUCGUGGACGACUCUGGGGUUGUGCGCUUAUCUUGCUCUAUAGGCCUAGGGAGCCGGCGUUUGUCCGCAGACAGCUUCUGGGUCAUGUAGCCAACAUGACUAAGCUGCUUCUGGCGAAACCAGAGCAGCGCAUGGAAAUGCCGUUUACCUUCCCGCCGGAGCGGUACCUAUUUAUCUACUUGCACUUUGACGUGCUUUCAAACUGCUAGGUUGGCAGGAGCUGGGACAGAGCAAUGGGAGCUCACCCCGUUGCGGGGAUUCAAACCGCCAACCUUCUGAUCGGCAAGCCCUAGGCUCAGUGGUUUAGACCACAGCGCCACCCACAUAAAAAUAACAAACUAAAACUUCACAGGAAUGUAAGCUGCGUUGUGCUGAUUCAGACAAUUUCUCCAUUUAGUUGUGUUGUCCACACUGACUAGCAAGCAGCAGCUGUCGAGGCUUUUAGUUGGGAUUCUUUCACAGCCGUCUCUGCCUGUGGAAGGGUUCGGUUUCUAGCUCCUCCAAAGUAUGUGUUCUACCACUGAACUGUAGUCCAAUUGUACAGAGUUGGCCGACACGGUGCCCUCUAGGUUUUGAACUCUAGCCCCCAUCAACCAACCCCAGUCAGCAAGAGCAAUAGGCAGGGAACAUGGGAGUGUUGACAUUUCCAUUCCACCUUAAGGAGCAGACGUGUGGAAUUGUUGCGUGUCACAUGUCUGUUUACAUUCCAGCACAGCUUGCUGGGAACUUCUGUUGUGUAUAGCUUUUGCUUUUUCCCUAUACUCUCCGAGACGACGAGAGAGACGACAUGUUUCUUUGUCCUGAUUUAUGAUUAAUAAAUCUGUAGUUGUGGUAUGCUUCUACAAGCCUCCCGCCUAUUCUGUGUGCGCAGUUCACUGUGCUGAUAGUGUGCCCUGGCUUUAAAGCCCAGGUCGCUGAUUUACGUCGGAGCAGCUGCCAAUGGUCUUCGAAGCAGGAAGACUAGAAGGAGACGGUCCAGCUGGGGCUUGCCAGCUGGCUUCCCAGCCUUCUGCAUUCCGACAGGGAGUUGUAGUUCAGAACACCUGGUGGGCACCACAUUGGCUCUCUGUGUUGCAAUUUAACAGAUUCCCUUAGGUCCAGAAUGCUUGUGAAGCAGCGGAAGUGUGUGCCAGGUGAGGUGUUCCUCGCUAUAGUUUUCUCUUUUAACUUGCAGGGACUCAAAACAGAAAGGUGGCAUAGCCAUUUGUGCAACCUGGCAUGACUGUGACCGGUGCUGCCUCUUCUCUUGAGUCAUGUAUCCACCCAGUUCAGCACAAUCUGGAUUAUACAAAAGGCAUAUUGCUCAUUUCCUUCUUCUAAGAAAGGGAAGAAUUUAGAGCUGCCGCUCUUCAGGCUUCUGACAGUAUUUGCUAUUUUGCCUAAGCUGAAUAAGUUAGUGGUAAAUUAAAAGGCUGCAUUCUGAUGGAACUUAGAUGGAAUUUGAUAAAUAUUUGCUUUCCACUUCCCUACUAUUUAUUUUCUUUAAUGUAGACUGAUCUCACAAUGUUGAAAUUAACUGCACUUGAAAGUAAUAAAAACCAAGACCUGGAAAAGAAGGAAGGUCGUAUAGACGAUUUGCUCAGGGUAAGUACGAUAACGGUAAGAUUAAGAGAGAAAUAUAGGGUUACUUACACUGCUUUUAAAAUGGCAAAUUACUUGUAUUGCAUUUGACUUAAGCUAUCAGAAAGACAUAUAAAUGUAUUCUUGCCAACGUACUUAUAAUACUGUAUCCUCCAAACUCUAGGAAUCUUUUUUGGGGGGUGGGGGGUGGACUGAUACCAUAUUUUUAAUACCUGGAGAAAGAGAAGGCACGGCUUUGGGUCUAUAUGUAUACAAUUUAUAAUUGGCACUCCUCAUUUCCUGUAUUUGUGAUUUGUUCAUGCUCAAAAAAUCUUUAGGAAAAAAGCCCUAAGAAUUCAGUGGUAUAGAUCUGACUGAGCAAGGUGGGUGGGAGAUGAUUAGGUUGGGAGGGGAACUGAGUAGCUGGAAAGAAGACACACAGAGAGAUUUUAAGAAAGUUAGAAUGUACCACCUCAUUAGGUCACUUCCUGGUUCACACUUGAAAGCUAUUUUAAUCAGAAAUGGAAAGGAGAGUUGCCCAAAGAUAUGAAUGGAAAAGUGAAAUAUUUUAAUAUAGCUGGGAUUUGGACACAAGUGUGUCACCCAACCUAUGCUGCGGAGAACUCAAAAACAGGCCAAUGAGGACUGAGCCUGGAAUGCUGUGUGUGUGUGUGUGUGUGUGUGUGUGUGUGUGUGUGUGUGUGUAAUGGAUGGAGAAUAAAUGAGAAAUGGAGAUGGAGGAUAGAAUAGGACAGCUGAGACCCUAUUCCAGAAGCUUUCGGCCUUGCAGCAUUUUAUCGCAGGGCCCCACUGGUUACAAAUACAAUUUCAUUUGAUUCUUAGGCUAAUUGUGACCUACGACGACAAAUAGACGAACAACAAAAGCUACUUGAAAAAUAUAAAGAAAGAUUAAACAAAUGCAUUUCAAUGAGCAAGAAGCUUUUGAUUGAAAAAGUAAGUUGGAUUUUUAAAUAUAUUUUUUGUUCAGUAUCCACAGUGAAGAAUACUUUGUCAUCCUAAUCCUGUAAAUCAGGUUAAACUGCAAUGGCAUGAGCUGCAGUUUGUGUCAUUUCAGUAAAAACCCGAUCCAGUCAGCAGUAAGGUGGGUCAGAUACCUGUGUCCCCUUCUUACUGUAGCAGUGCAGGAAACUGCUUCUCUGGGUUGAUUCCCACACAGCAAGAGAGAGGAACUGUGUAAGGUGGGGGCAGAUGUAUGGAUUUGUCUCAUAGGUAGAUCUUCCCUCCAGGAUGAAAUGAGGAGAUGAAUUAACGGACAAGAGGAGGUUGUUGUGUUCAUACAGUGGUACCUCGCAAGACGAAAAACGCGCAAGACGAAAGAGUUUUCCGUUUUUUGAGUCGUUCCGCAAGACAAAUUUCCCUAUGGGCUUACUUCGCAAGAUGAAACGUCUUGCGAGUUCUUGCAAGUUUGUUUCCUUUUUCUUAAAGCCACUUAGCCGCUAAGCCGUUAAUAGCCGCUAAGCCGCUAAUAGCCGUGCUUCGCAAGACGAAAAAACUGCAAGACGAAGAGACUCGCGGAACGGAUUAAUUUCGUCUUGCGAGGCACCACUGUAUGUAAGAAGAGGUAGAAGAACUACUACCCUGAUGGUGCUGUAUUUAAACACAGAAAUAGAUCCCUGGGUCCUGGGAUCAAAUUCCAACUGGUAUGAGGGAGAGUCAUUAUAAAAUAGGCUUAAUUGGGAACUAUUUAGAAAACUGGAAGAGGUUUUUCCCCCCUUCUGAUGCAAAGUGGAAAUAGCACUCUUUCCUCUCCUCCUUUGAGAGUAGCAAACCUGUCCAGAAUACAGUCUUUUUUUCAGGAACAGGAGGAGCCUUUAAUAAAGAAUGCAGAAGGUUUCAGCUUUCAGCGCUCUCAUAUUUGCCUUGCUUGAUACCACAAGCACAAACCAGUAAGGCACUCACAAAGAUACGCAAGCAACUGCAUUCUGCUUGGCGUUAGCAAUCUCACCUGAUGUGCUAACUGGGUGGGUGGUGAGCUGCUACUCUCUCCCCCCCUUGCUGAGGAAAAUGCAAUACCCUCACAAAAUGGAAGCCUUGAAGGAAGGUAUCUUGGAUCCUUGCGCAACAAAAUAAGCGUCAGUGUUGCAUUUCUUGUGGCAAAAAUCCGUUGCUGAGAAGGAAGGGCUCUAAACUUAACUGGUGAUAUUUUUGAUUUCCUUAGAGCACACAAGAAAAGCUGGCAAGCAGAGAGAAGAGUAUGCAAGACAGAUUACGCCUUGGGCAUUUUACGACUGUUCGACACGGCGCAUCGUUUACCGAACAGUGGACAGAUGGCUUCGCAUUUCAGAAUCUUGUGAAGUUAGUCAAUAUUGUGUUUUUAAAUUGUUCGUAAUUACUAGCUCCAAGGAGUGGGUGUUUUUAUGUAAAACUGCCGGCUUUGGGAUUACUUUUUACACACAUCAUGGUAUUCAGGCUUUUUUAAAAAGGGGGGGGGGAGGAAAUCCCAGAAUACAGUAGAGAAUUGACUUAAUCAGUUGUCUGUUGAAUUUCUUACAUUUGGUGAUUUUGAAAGCAAACACAUGAGUAGGUUUGCAUGAAUUUCUCAGUGAGUCUUGAAAACAAAGCAGACUUUUAGAACAUGUAGAUUAAUGACUCUCAGCUUGACCCAUGCAUCUACAAUAUAUGAAGUACUUUGAGCUAUUGGUGUGCUUGUUUACCAUAAAGGAGCAGCAACAAGUAAAUGAGAACCUAGUUGACUUGACUGCACUUCCACUAGCAUAAAAUAGGGAAUAGGAGAGGGAGAGUCUGUAGUUGCUGGUAAAAUGGUCGCCUCAGUAACAUAAUUUAGCAGAGACUUGGCAGAGAAGGGAAUGACUGAGAAGGUGUAUAGGUAGAAUCAGAGUGAAGAAAAGUAGAAUUCUUGUGUUUUAAUUUCAUGGUUUGAAUAGAAGGAUGUCAUGUGUAGUCCCUCUGUUGUAAUGUUACUAAGCCAUAGUUAAGAAGAUGGCUUGGGAUGCCUCUUGCAGUUGGCACGCAUGUCAGAGAACCCUGAUUACUUUGCAUGUUGGAUUCGACAUCUUACAUGUGUCUUGCACAAAUUCUUUUUUUAACCAAGCUUCUGGAACUAUUCGUCUUGUAAUUCAGUUAUUUGAAUGAAGAAAACAUGGCCUAUACAGUGGUACCUUGGUUUGCAACCGUUUUGGAUUACAACCAUUUUGGAUUACAACCACGUCAAACCCAGAAGUGCAUGUCCCUUUUUUUUGGAUUACAACCCCCCCCCUUUUUUUUGGAGGCCCCAUUGGCGAAAGCGUGCCUUGGGUUAUAACCUGUUUUGGUUUACAACCGGACCUCCGGAACAGAUUAUGGUUGUAAACCAGGGUAUCACUAUAAUGGAGAUGUGGAGAAUAUUUGGGGGCCUGUGACCUGUGCCAGGUCAAACUUGGCCCGCAGACUAGAGGUUCUCCACUCCUGCUUUAGGGAAUCAGCUUAAAUCCACAAGCGUUAAAACGUGUUUUUUAAAAAUAAAAAUAAAAAAAUCAAGUCUGAAAAUCAUCUUAAAACAAUGCUUUGGGUUUGCAGGCAACAGGAGUGGGUAAAUCAACAAAGGGAAGAUAUAGAGAGGCAAAGAAAACUUCUGGCAAAGCGAAAACCUCCUGCUACAAAUAAUUCUCAGGCGCCCUCUGCCAAUUCAGAACCUAAGCAGAGGAAAAACAAAGCUGUCAAUGGAGCAGAAAACGAUCCGUUUGUUAGACCCAAUUUACCACAAUUGUAAGUUCAUACUUCUUUUCUAAUUAUGUAUUGAGUAUUUGUCAUGAUGGUGCCACAACCACCUGUUUGUAGUCAUUCGGAAAGUUGGAAAGCUAAAUUUUUCUCCCUGCUUGUAGUGGCCCUGGUGUUGUGGCUUGGGGGGCGUGUUCCAACGACGUGUGUCUUCCAAAAGUGUUGUUAAUUGCAGCUUGCUUGUUUUAUCCCACAGAGCUCUAUAGGGCCAUUUCCAAAGCCUGCCCUCUGUGUUCUGUAUUUUAGUUAUGACAAGGGAGGGAAGUGAUUUUUGUAUAUGAUGCUUAUUUUGGUUUAGAGUCGGCAAAGUGGUGUAAGAUAUGUAGGUGUUCCAAUGAAUACUAAAGCUUGGGUCCCAGACUGGUACUUGCUGAAUCUAGGACGUCAAUAAUUCAGACUUUUGGCUUCAAGUACCCUUUCUAUUUAAGAACAUCACCGUGUAAUCUGUUGCUCAUUCCUAUAAAUGCAACAUGACUUUGCACUUUAUUCUAAAUGUGCAGUCCCACAUUAUUACAAAUACCUAAUAUCUCUUUGUCAUCCUAAUAUAAGAUGCCUUGUCGACCAAUAGCAUUUAGCACAUACUGCAAUAUCAGCUGCGUUUGAUUCAAACACCAAAGAGGAGUUACGGGAAUUACACUGUUCUUUGAUACCUCCCUGUAUCUUUUAGGUAGGAGUGUGGAUACAAUUUUGGUAUCAGAACAUUUUGUUCCACAUUAAGCUUCUGGUCAUUCAGAAUGUAGCGGAUUCUACAAGAUGCUGGAGGAAUUGGCUUUCUGUGUUAUGAAUUGGAAAUAAAAUACGUUUUUCCCCAUUCAACUUUUAGUAACAUGUACUGUGACUUUUUGUGUGCAACUUUGGAUUAAAAUGGUUUGUUAUCUAUGGUAAUUCCUGCAGGCUAACACUAGCAGAAUACCAUGAGCAAGAAGAAAUUUUCAAGCUUAGAUUAGGACAUCUCAAAAAGGUAUGUUUAAACUGGAUCUUUUUUCUGAUCACACAGUACUGUAACCAUAGACUCUACCCUAUUGGUUAUAGAUAUGAUCCAAGUAAGCUGUUUAAGAUUGAAAGAACCAUGCCUGUAGCAGGAGCAUGCUUUAAAAUACUAUAUAGAGCUGCUCAGAUAGUCAAAAGUCGUAUGUCACUUUUAAACUGAAAGGUGAUUUUGCAUCGCUUGUGAAAACGUCAGUAUUUUGUGUCUUGCAUUAUACCAUGAAGAAUAGCCAUUCUGUUAAAUGUCUAGUUUUUAAUCUAAAUUCCAUGCUGUCAUUUUGAAUGACAAGAGGAAGGUAUACGUAAGUUACACGUUGGUAAUAUUAACAGUUGCUAUAAGAAUGUGUCAGUUAAUAUUAUAAAGUCAGUAAUCUGCAUUUUUGGGACACACCACUACACUGUAUACUCAGUACUUGUACUUCUUAAAAAUUAGCAGUGGUAAACUUAUUGUUCAGUUAAUAAGAUCAGCUUGAUUGACCUUUUUUAAGAGUACUGCUCCAUUUUGGACAGUGGAAGCUUGUAGUUUGCUAAGGAAGGUAUUAUGCAGAAGAACAUUCUUCAGGAAAAACACUGCCAUCUGUUUUGUUGCUCUUUCAACUCUAAGAAAAAUGCUAUCCCAUAAGAGAGUAGAUAAAGAUUGAUUUUUAAAAGUAAAAUAUUUCUUUAAAUUCAAACUUCUAUUUUUAAAUGUAAAUAACUUGUUCAAAUUUUGUGUGUGUGUGUAUACCUUAUAGUCAGUCUCUAAACUGAUUUAAUGUCCUCUACCAGAUACAUUAGGGAUGUGAGUGGCGCUGUGGGUUAAACCACAGAGCCUAGGACUUGCCGAUCAGAAGGUCGGCGGUUCGAAUCCCUGCAAUGGGGUGAGCUCCCAUUGCUCGGUCCCUGCUCCUGCCAACCUAGCAGUUCAAAAGCACGUCAAAGUGCAAGUAGAUAAAUGGGUACUGCUCCGGCAGGAAGGUAAACGGCGUUUCCGUGUGCUGCUCUGGUUCGCCAGAAGCGGCUUAGUCCUGCUGGCCCCAUGACCCAGAAGCUGUACGCCGGCUCCCUCGGCCAAUAAAGCGAGAUGAGCGCCCCAACCCCAGAGUCGACAAAUGGUCAGGGGCCUCUUUAUCUUUACCUUUACCUUUUACCAGAUACAUUGGCUUAAAGGAGGUUUUUCUUAUUGAAGAGCCAAUUUGAUAAAUUCUCAAAUAUGAAAAUGGUUUUGUAGCCUAAUUUUCUGCUUAUCUUUUAUACACAUCACCUGUCUCCACAUACAUAUCAUUUAUACAUAUCAUUCGCCUCUACAUGACCAGGCAGGCACAAAAGUUUUUGAACUUGUUCAGUUAUGAAACUGUUUGUUUGGGUACUAUCCCCAUUGUUGCAAGAAAAAAAUGGAAUACAUCAACUAGAGGCUUGAAAUUAGGUGUAUGUCUUUCAUUUUCUCUUUCAAAUGUUGAGAUCCUGAAACAAACAAUUCCCUGGUUAUCAGCUGAGAGAGGGAUAAAAAGUAAACAAACCAACAAACCUUGAGAUUUCAUAAAUUAUUUGUUUUGAUUUGCAGGAAGAAGCUGAAAUACAAGCAGAACUUGAACGUCUGGAAAGAGUUAGAAAUCUUCACAUACGAGAGCUCAAAAGAAUAAACAAUGAAGAUAAUUCUCAGUAAGGCACUAGAUUUUAAUCUUGCAUACUUACUCUUCUCCACUUCACUCUGGAAUAAAUGACACACAGAUAUCCGUGCCUCAACUCUGCAAAACCUGUUUUUGUUUUUAUACAAGCAGUACACUUACAACAACAACAACAACAACAACGAAUGUAUUUUAAGUUGAAUCAGAUGAUCCAGAACUAUAAGAAUGAAACACUGCACUUCAGUUUUUUAUUUUUUUUGCAUACACAAAAAUAAUUAGUAUUAAAAUUAAGUACUUGCCUUUCUCAUUGACCAAUGUUCUUCCUUCUUUUUUUUAAUAAUAAGGUUCAAGGAUCAUCCUACGUUAAACGAGCGAUAUUUGUUACUUCAUUUACUUGGUCGAGGUGGAUUUAGUGAAGUAUAUAAGGUAAUGUCCUCUUCUUUGCUGGUAAUAUUUAUUUAUUUUUUAAAUGUAUGCCUACCGACAUAGGUGACCCUCUCUAGAACCAAUUCACUGAAAAACAUUUUAAACAACAAAACUAUAUCAACUUAAAAGUAUACAAAUAACCUCUCCAGGUUUUCCUGAACAACUAAAACUGGUAGCAGGAUAGAAAAAUAUAAAAGUCAAUCUGUGUCCAGAGAAUACCCAAACCUUUCAGCUCAAGCUUUGGUUGCAAAGAGCUGUACAGUGGUACCUCGGGUUACAUACACUUUGGGUUACAGACUCCGCUAAACCAGAAAUAGUACCUCAGGUUAAGAACUUUGCUUCAGUAUGAGAACAGAAAUCGUGCUCCAGCAGUGCGGCAGCAGCAGGAGGCCCCAUUAGCUAAAGUGGUGCUUCAGGUUAAGAACAGUUUCAGGUUAAGAACGGACCUCCGGAACAAAUUAAGUACUUAACCUGAGGUACCACUGUAUUGGAAUAAGCAUAGAGAAGGCAGAAUGCCUUUUCUAAGCUGGUACCUGCUUUUUUUAAAGUGAUCUGUACAUACAUUUGAAAACUCUGUGUAAUUUUUCUUCAGAAAUAUGGGCCUCGUUUGAACGGCUUAGAUUUCCCAUGGUUUAGUGUUACGAGGGAGGUUAGUUUCAACGAAACGUAGUUAAGAUUAACCACAGUUUAGAGUUUGAGCGACAUGCUAAACUGCAGGUUAUUUGAAACUGAAGCUUGGUGACCCCUUACAGUUGUGCUGAGAUGGUUGUGAAGGAGCGCUCAGCUUGCUGAAACAUGUUCCCAUAAUGCUAAGAACACGUGUGAAGGCGGCUGGUGCCCUUGGUCUGUACAUUGCAGUAAACCAGAUCUUGUCUAUAGCUUGCCGUUGGCGAGGAGAGAGCUUAACCAGUUUGGAUGACGCACUAAGCCAAACCUUGGCUUGGCUUACCACAGUGCAGGAGGAAGAGCAAAAAGACUGUGAGGGCCUCUCCAGGAACCCGCAAUCCUGGUAAACUAUAGUUUGGUUUACCUACCCUAUCACGUGAACCAGGCUACAGUGGUACCUCGGGUUACAUACGCUUCAGGUUACAUACACACUGGGUUACAGACUCCACUAACCCAGAAAUAUUACCUCAGGUUAAGAACUUUGCUUCAGGAUGAGAACAGAAAUUGUGCAGCAGCAGCAGCAGCAGCAGCACGAAGCUCCAUUAGCUAAAGUGGUUCUUCAGGUUAAGAACAGUUUCAGGUUAAGAAUGGACCUCCGGAACAAAUUAAGUACUUAACCCGAGGUACCACUGUAUUAUAGUGUGUGUUCCUCUGCAGUCUGAAUCAGUCAGAAAAGGGGUGACCAAAAUGGUCAGGACUCUGGGGCAACUCUCCUGUGAGGAAUGGUUACAAUGGUUGGGGCUUUGAAAAGGUUGUGUCAGGAAAAUAUUUGAGGUCUUUAGGAUUUUAUGCAUGCUCUUUCAUAAAGAUAGAGGAGGACCAAGCAUUAUCCAGUGAAGCUGAAUGACGGGAGGCACCGAACAGACAAAAGGAAAUACUACGCCAUGGUGGAUACUUAAACUAUGCAAUCUGCCAAGACAAGAUGUGGUGACUAAAAGGGGAUUAGACAAAUUCAAGGAGAAUAAAGCUAUCCCAUCAGGAUAGUUGUACACUCAUUCCAGGCUGCCUGUGAAUACCAGUUGCUUUAGAGCAAAAGCAGAAGAGGACUGUUGCAUUCGUGUUCUGCCUUUGUUGCCUUCUCAUAGACUGUGGGAGGUUACAAAUCUGUAAAUUUUAAAUAAUGUUUACCUGCUUUGAGUAUUUGAUCUGGGAACAAUCAAGGAAAAGCUUGUGGGCCAAUUAAUAAUAAGCAGUAUUUAUUCAUUAUGACAACUGCUUUUUAGUAUUUUGAAUUAGUAAAUGCAUGAGUACUGAUCACUCUAUUUGAAGUGAAUGUUCAGACUAGGAGAUAGUUUAAGAGCAAGUAACCAGGCCAUCUCUCAAUGUGUAGGAGUGAUAGGGAGAGCAGUUUAUUUGGCCCCAAAGGCAGAUUAUGUACAGUGUCCUGGUUGUUGAAAUAAGCAAAAAUUAGAAAGGUGCCAGACAAAUUAUCUGACUCUUCUGAGACCAUUAACAAUAGCAUGUUGGCUUCUGAAAAGCUUAUGAGAAAACAGUCAAUUAAAAAUUCAAGGUUUUUUUUCCAGUAUUGGGCCAGAUAUGAUGUAUUGCACUCUCAAGCUAUAUUGAAAUGUUAAUAAAUACAGUUCUCUGUGACUCGUAUUUUACAAAAUCUCUUUCUACUACUUCCCCCCCCCCAACCUUCCUUGCAGGCUUUUGAUCUCUAUGAGCAAAGAUACGCUGCUGUGAAGAUACACCAGCUUAACAAAAGCUGGAGAGAUGAGAAAAAGGAAAACUACCAUAAGUAAGCGUUUCAAGAAAACACUUUUUUUUGGUCUUUGUAACAAAUUAAAGCUGUUCUGGUGGUCGUGAUUAUUUUACCUAUGUCUUCUAGGCACGCCUGCAGAGAGUAUAGAAUACACAAAGAACUUGAUCAUCCAAGGAUAGUAAAACUCUAUGACUACUUUUCCCUGGAUACAGAUACGUAAGUCUCUCUCUCUCUCUCUCUUUCUCUCUCUCUGUCUCUCUUUCUCACACACACACACACACACACACACACACACACCAGUUAGAAAUUAAGACCACCCUUCAGGAACAUUUUUGGUUGGACAUAAGUAAGGUUUAAAUUUCAUGGUGUUUGGCCUCAGUGGCUCAGUAUUUUCUCUAGUAUGAUGUUCUGAAUGCUGUGGCAUUGAUUAUUGUUCAAGUACAGUGGUACCUUGGUUGUCGAACGGCUUGACUCCCGAACAAUUUGGCUCCCGAAUGCCCCAGUUUGUGAACGUUUUUCAGAAACCGAAUGUCCAACUCUGUUUCCAAUUGAGUGCAGGAAGGGCCUUGGUUUUCGAAGAAAUGAUUAAGUUCGACAACCAAGGUACCAUUGUAGAUGGUUCCAGUUUCUUUUGUAAAGUGAAAAUGUGAUUUCUCCAUUUGUGCAUACAGUGGUACCUCGGGUUACAUACGCUUCAGGUUACAGACUCCGCUAACCUAAAAAUAGUGCUUCAGUUUAAGAACUUUGCUUCAGGAUGAGAACAGAAAUUGUGCUCUGGUGGCGCAGUGGCAGCAGGAGGCCCCAUUAGCUAAAGUGGUUCUUCAGGUUAAGAACAGUUUCAGGUUAAGAACGGACCUCUGGAACGAAUUAAGUACUUAACCCGAGGUACCACUGUAUUCCAAAAAGUUUUCGUAUCAAUUCUUCUCUCAUUGGGACCUCGUCUUCUUUUUUUCAAUUUCUAGGCAAGUAACAUUCUUGCAGCUGUUGUUGCAUACGUAAAUAUGUUUCUGUACUGUUUAGGUAGUUCUACCCCUGUAAUUCCCAAGAGGAAAGCAAAACCUGCUGGAAGAAUUAAGACAUCAAGAUAACAAACUUUUUUAUAAAAGAAUGGACAUGGUUUAUUGACUAUUCACAAACAAUUGGAAACAGAUAAAGACAUUGGCAGGGAUUGUUGUAAUAACCUGCUGCUUUAAAAAGAAUAUAGAAUUAAAAGAAAUAAAUAGAAGGAUAAGUUAAUUUAGGAUAUGCAGGAAAUGAUAAAAGAAAUUGAAGGAACUGCAGAAAGAGGAGGAAGGAAGUCGAUUGUUUGAAAUGUUACAAUUUUUUUAAAACUAUUGAAAUGUAUACAAUUGCAAACCAUAAAUAAAAGUUAAGUGAAAAUGUGCAAUUAAUGCAAAGAAAUGAUGUUCCUAUUUCCAUUGUAUGCUUGAAUAAUUAAAUAGCCUUUGUUUCCUUAUCUAACUUUUAUUUUUUCCCUUUCUAGGUUUUGUACAGUAUUAGAAUAUUGUGAAGGCAACGAUUUAGAUUUCUAUCUCAAGCAACAUAAACUAAUGACAGAAAAAGAAGCUAGGUCCAUUGUAAUGCAAAUAGUAAAUGCACUGCGAUAUCUCAAUGAGAUUAAGCCACCUAUAAUACACUAUGAUCUUAAACCAGGUAAAUAAGAAUGGGGGGGGGGGGGGAAUCAAACAUCAUACAUUGUAUAUUAUAUCUCUAAAACACAUUCUUCUCUUAAUUCUUAACUAGUGUAGCGCCUGCCUCUGUCUUUCUUUAUUAAACCCAUCUGAGUUCACAUUGGCCUUGAUUUUCUUUUAUGGUAUGUGAAGGGAAGCUUUGCUCCUGCGCAUGACUGUGGCAUGAUGGGAAGUUUUGCUUCUAAGCUUUUCUUCUGCACAUGCUGCACAAACCGUUCUAAUACUAAGACAUUCCCUCAUCACCCUAGAAUGUUCAGUUCAUAUUGAGUUCAUGAUGACAUUAUACUCUGACCUGUUCUUAAUGCAUAGUUGACCACAUCUACGCGAUUGUUAUGUUCUUUCAUGUCAUGCAAAAUCAAUCAUUAGUAAUAGUUUAAGUCUUGAUACUCAAUCACUAGUUAAUAGUUUAAUGAGGAGGUUUCACGCCUGUCCAAUUCUGUGUUCCCUUUCCCAACCUUUAAUCUAUCGAUGAUUAAUACCUAUAUUCAACCUUUGCAUUGUAUUCAUGUUAACCAAUCAGCAACAAGCACAUAUGUGGUAAUGCUGUAAUAUUCAAUAAAAGGGACUCUCCGAGACAUGCUCGAGAGAUGCCUCCCGUAUGACACCUUGCCAUUCGUCUGUCGAUUAUUUCAACCCAGCAGGUAUGAGUGCUUGGAAUACAGGAGAGGUGUCUCUUUUAAUCUCUGUUGUCUUUAAUCCUUAACAAAAAUGUGAAUUUAGUUUUAUCACACUGCUUCAUUUAAUCACACUCUUCUUUUUUUCUAGCCUCACAAACCUAUUCUCUCUUUUCUGCUCUUUGCUUUGAAGGCAAAUUUGCGCACUCUGCCCCCUCACCCCGCUACUUAAUGUUUUGGCUUCCACACUGAGCUAUUUCGAUGGAUGUCUUCCAUAUUCUGUAUGAAUUUGGCUUCAAUAGGAUUUUCUUGAAUCUUAAGCCACUGUGUGUGCUUAAUUAUAAUUAGAAAUGGAUUGAAGUAGCAAUAAAACAUCAUCUUUGAAUGUGGCUUGAAGUAUAUAUUUGAUAUGUGUACAAUUUUAUAUCUGCAGCGUUUAGCUCCUUGUGCCAUGCGCUUGACCUCACAGACUUUAUAAUGAGGUGCAAAACCUCACAUGCAUGAUUUGCCUUCAGUAAACCAGAAGUAUAGUUAAUUAGGUAUUUUUCAUUUGAAUAUGCAGGUAAAUAAUACUGCACACAUGCCUCUUUCACCCAGUUUUUGAGUCUUAUUCUUGUGUAGAUCACUACCUAAUAUAUUUUUUUAUUCGGUAAAUGAAAAAGCGUUCAGGCAGCUUUAGAAGUCCAAGCUUAGCUAAGGCAAAUGGGAUAGUACUGGGAAAAUACUGAAAGAGCCAGCAUUGCAGAAAACACACAAAGAUCUGACGCAUCUACACGGUGCAGAGUUAGCACAGUACAGUCAUACCUUGGAUCCAGAAUGCCUUGGUACUCAGACGUUUUGGCUGCCCAACGCCACAAACCUGGAAGUGAGUGUUCCGGUUUGUGAAUGUUCUUUGGAACCCGAACGUCCGACGGGGCUUCCGCGGCUUCUGAUUGGCUGCAGGAGCUUCCUGCAGCCAAUCAGAAGCCGCGUUUUGGUUUCCGAAUGUUUUGGAAGUCAAAUGGACUUCUGGAACGGAUUCCUUUCAACUUCCAAAGUACAACUGUAUUAUGAAAACUUGGGAAGAAUUAACUUUAACCAAACUGUAGCUGUCCUUUGAAAAUCCAUGGCUCCAAUUCUCCAAGAGAUUGUUGAGACACAACUGCCUCUGCUCACAGGAUGGGGCAGUUCUGUGAAUAUAUGAGGAAGACGGAACCAUAUGCAGCACCUUGAGCCCCGUGGAGGAAAUAUAUAAUAAUAAUAUAAUAAAUAUAAUAAUAAAUGAAUGAACCAUAGAUGUGCCUAUAACUAGGGUGUUUCUGUUCUAUAAUGUCUUCAUUUAAACACAAUGGAAAAAUUGUGAACCACUGCUGGGGGUAGACUUGGUUAUUUUAACAAACUCUCUGCCUCUUGAUAGGAAACAUCCUUUUGGUAGAUGGAACAGCAUGUGGAGAAAUAAAAAUUACGGACUUUGGGCUGUCUAAAAUAAUGGAUGACGAUAGCUAUGGUGUGGAUGGAAUGGACUUAACUUCACAAGGGGCUGGGACAUACUGGUAAUAUUAUUAUUUCCCAUUUGGCAAAUGUAUUUCUUACUUGUGUGAGAACUGUGUGUAAACCUCUGCCGGCGGAUGUAGUUGAUGGAAAGAAUGUGCUGUCGUUGGUUAUUUGAGCUUAUAACCUGACGGUAGAAGUCUGGAUUCAACCCUCGAGUCCCACUAGUGAAAAAGCCCGCACAAUGGCUUCUGCUAGUGCAAUGGGACUUUCCACCCAGGUCCCAACAAAUUGCAUUUGUGGGGUCAGGAGAAUCCUAAGGGGAGCAGGGGGGGUAGUUCUGCCUGGCGAGCUGAAAUGUUUGUACUGCUGGAACAAUUGCUGUAGCGCUGUGUUGAAUUCCUUCUACAGAAUUAAUCUUCUCUAAUGCAUGGAGAUUAGUAGUUAUUUAAUCUUCAAUUCUUUUAUUAAUUGUUAUCAUCAAGGUUUUAUUGUCUGGUUUCUAGCUGAGGAAUGAUCACCUUCAUUUAGUGCAAACUUGGUGUAGUUUAACAUACAGUAUUGGUCACUGAUGGAAGAAGGGGAUAGUGGCAGAAAUGUAGGGUUUAAAAAAAAAUAUCUGGUACAGUAGUUAAGGUUUCUACUGGAAAUAUGGGAAUUGUUAUGUACUUUAUUAUUAUCAGAAACAGCAUCUCUCCAAUGUAGAUUAUAGUGAAUGAAUUAUUUCUGUUUAUUGAGUAGUAUAUGUUUGCUUAUAUGUGUUUAGGAAUUUCUAACCUAACUUGUCUGCUUUCAAGGCAGCUUAAACCACACUACAGUCAUCUGGUCCGAAAUUCAGGCUCCUCACUUUUUUUUAUUCUGUUCCAUAACUUCCUGGUUUGGCAUACCAUAAUCUGUUUCACCUAAAGUGGCUAACUGUGAUUUGUGCUUGCUAUCCAAACCAGAUGUGGGUGGCGCUGUGGGUUAAACCACUGAGCCUAGGACUUGCCGAUCAGAAGGUCGGUGGUUCGAAUCCCCGCGACGGGGUGAGCUCCCGUUGCUCGGUCCCAGCUCCUGCCAACCUACCAGUUCAAAAACACAUCAAAGUGCAAGUAGGUAAAUAGGUACCGCUCCGGCGGGAAGGUAAACGGCAUUUCCGUGCGCUGCUCUGGUUCGCCAGAAGCGGCUUAGUCAUGCUGGCCACAUGAUCCGGAAGCUGUACGCCGGCUCCCUCGGCCAAUAAAGCGAGAUGAGCGCCGCAACCCCAGAGUCCUCCGUGACUGGACCUAAUGGUCAGGGCUCCCUUUACCUUAUCCAAACCAGAAUUGGAAGCCAUUUUUUGAAGUGUGGUUCCAAUCCUGGUUUGUAGAGCAGACACAAAUCACAGCUUGUCAGUUGAGAUGUAACGACAAACAGUGUUUUGCCCAAACUGGGAAGUGUUUGAAAAUCAGAGUGCAUAAGUGAAGGGAGUCCAUGAACUUAACAAACAGGUUAUCAUGUGAAUUGACCAAUACCACGUAAAUCUAUAAAAAAAUAGUAAUCCUGGAACAAAUAGAAGAAUGUGAGAAAGCCAUUAGAUUCUUGGCAAUCUGUAUCUCUCAUAAAUACUUCCAAAAAUCAGCCUGCUUCUGGAGGGGGAAUGUUCUUAAUGUGUCUGUUUUCAGUGACUGAGUUUCUAUUUUUUCUAUCAGGUAUUUGCCUCCAGAGUGCUUUGUUGUGGGCAAAGAGCCACCCAAAAUUUCUAACAAAGUGGAUGUGUGGUCAGUUGGAGUAAUCUUUUUCCAGUGUCUAUAUGGUCGAAAGGUAAAAACAAACCCUUAAACGUAAAGUUUUCUAGUGCAUUUCAGUACAUCUUCAACGUGGUCUUUUUGAAGGGGGGAAAAACCAUUUCUGGAAGUAGGUAUGGUUCUUCAGCCUCCACCAUUUGCGUUUUCCCAACAAGGAGAACUUCUUUUUAAGUGGAAUAAUUUUAGAAUAAAAAAGGUGAUGUUGCUGAUUUCUUUUACUGAUAUUUGGACAUUUAGCAAUCACUGUCUGAACUUUUCCCUUUCUCCAGCCAUUUGGUCAUAACCAGUCCCAACAAGAUAUACUUCAAGAAAAUACAAUAUUAAAAGCCACUGAAGUACAGUUCCCAGUGAAGCCUGUUGUGAGCAAUGAAGCCAAGGUAAUAUUCAUGGACCCAAGGUAUACAUUCUGCUAGAAUAUGAUGUAAUCAACCUCGAGAUGGAUUUUGCUUCAGGGUUAAGGUCAAGAGAUAACGUUGAGGCAAAUUGUAACAAAAUUUGUGUUAAGGUGUGUUUUUUUAAAUAGCACACGAUAUUUCAAUUCAUGUAUGUCAAUAAAUAAAUUUGAAAGUAAAUGCAAAGUAUCAUUUGCAUUGCGUAUAUAUUAAAUUGGUCAUACUAUAAAAUGUAAGAUACUAAAAGUAAUAAUUUCCUGAAAAUCUUGUUCUCAGACUCUCAUACAUAUUCUUGAAUUUUUUUUUGGAGUACUCCUAACUAAAUUUACUAAUUACCCAUGAAAACAGACAAAUUCCAGAUUGUAGUAGUAAAUAUUUAAAGUUUCUUGACUAUUUCUGAAAUCAAUUUUGAUAUUCCAGCAGGACUAAGCGGAUGAAACAAUUAAUUUCAUCCUUUAGUAUUUGUUAGUGCUUCUCCUUCUAGAGAGGCCAAAAGUGCUUUGAAUCAGUUUCCCAUACGCUGUUGUCAUUAAUGCCAUCUAAUUUUAGUGUGUAUUUGUCAUUGUGAACUAGCAAAACCGCAAUGACCACCUUAGAACCAUCGUUUAAGUUCCCGUGAUAGAUUCUGAAUGCAAAAUUUGAGAUUUCAUUAGCACAAAACGUGAUGUGAAUGCAGAGGAUAUCAGUAAAUGAACAUUCUGCACCAGAAACUCUCAACAAGCCCCAUGCUCCAAUUUAUGCACACGAGUACUUAAUUAUGGGAGUGAUUCUCUCCCCUCCCCAGUUACUGGUUUACUUAAAUAAUGCAAAUAUAAAUCUUGCAUUUUUCUGUUGAUUCCAAAAAAGAAAAAAGGUCAACCAUUGAAUGUAGAUUAUAAUUGUGUGUCAAAAAUUACCUUGCUGAAUGGGGGAUCCAGUGACAUCUGAUCCAGCCCUCCAGCUGGGAUCUAGAGAGCCCCAUCUGUGCACAGAAACAUUCUGGUUUUCAAUUCUGGCCUUGGCCCUCUUUUGCUGGAUCGGACGCCAUUCCACUGGGUUCUCGGACCUUCAGUAGCAAUUUGUGGCAAAGAGAGGCAGCUGUAGAAAAGAGAGUGUCAACCAGAUUCCCUAAAGAAACUCGAAAAUAAGACAGAAAGAGACCACCGCCACCUGCAGUUUGGCUGGCAUUUGGUAAAUUGGAGAACUACCUCCUCAACAUGGAGAUUCUGUUCUUUACAGCUAAGGCUACUAACCAUUCAUAGAGCCUGUCCUUUGAAUUAAUCUUGUAUGCUUUUAAUCUGAUGGUUAGCACAGCCACCUGUCAAGAAGCUGGAACUCUUUGUGCUUGGCACCCUCCCACAACAUCCUCUGCUUAGGAGACAGAUAGACAUGCGUGUGAUAAAUGGAUAAUGCCAGUUUACUCAUUUGGACUUACCUCUGACUCCUGCUGUCAUGCCUUUCGGGGUUUUUAUUUUUAGCGUCUGAAAAUUAUAUCCCAUGCAUUUCACAAGGGAAAUCGUAAUUGCUAAUCUUUUGCCCGUAUGUGUUAGCGAAGGAUGCUACCGAUGUAUGAUUCGGAGCAGACAUUGAAAUAUAUGGAGGAGCAACUUGCAAGGCAUGAGCUCGACCCCUUAGAAGGUGGGGCCUUUUGUGUAGAACGCCUGCAUAUUAACACACCUGCCAUCAUGAGAUCAGAAACUUGCUUUUAAAAAAAUCUGUGAUUCUGUACCAGCUUUCAGAUUCUCCCAAAUUCCAGGCCUGGUAAACCACCAGUCCCAUUUCUAAAGGUUUACUUUUGUGUAACAUUUAAAAACUCCUAUUUUUAUUGAUGUUUUCAUGAAACUUUAUUUCUGCUUAGUUUGGCAAGUAAUCUGCAGCCCCUCCCCCCAAAUUUUACGCGUUAAAGAUGUAGAACAGACAAGCAGGGAGGGGCUGGCAGAAAGGUGAACACAACAUUAAUUAUUAAAUUUGCAAAUAUAAUAUAAGUAAGGUUCAGCAACAGAAUUUUUAUCUCCCUUUUCAAAGCUGGACGCUUAGUGAACAAAGCAAGAAUUCUGUUGGAAGCUGGAACAGUAGCACUUUCAGUUUAGUGCUAACUUUACUCUUUUAAUUUGACUGUUCAGAAAUGUCUGCAGUUCACAGUGGCUGCGUACAUUUCCAAAUAUCAUUGGACAGUUCAUUUAUGGUCACGCUGUCUUUAUGUAAUAAAAGUUUGGGAGAAAAGAGUGUAUAAAUUAACAUCUCUAAGCAUUCACAUAUUGUCUCAGUGCCCACAUCUUUGCAGAUUAAACAAGAAUUUGAGUGGCACAGGAUGGAGGUUCAAACUGAGAACGUCUUGUGCAAAUUCUGCACGAGCUAAAAUCUGAAUUAAAUCAGAAACUUUUAGCUCAUCCUUCUGACGACUAUGCUAGUUCACUCUGUGGUGUUAGUGGGUAUCAGAUGAUGAGCACAUCUCCAUGUUGAAUCAAAAGCCCACUUAACAACUUUCACUUAUAUUUUUAGUACCUUAAAGAACUCAGAACCCUCACCAGAAGAGGUGAUUCAGACCUCGUUUACUGUUAAGAGAAUUUGCUCAAUAUCCCCCCCCCUCUCUUUCCGCAGGCAUUUAUCAGACGUUGCUUGGCAUACCGUAAGGAGGACCGGUUCGAUGUUCAUCAGCUAGCUAAUGAUGCUUACCUACUCCCGCACAUGAGAAGAUCAAAUUCUUCAGGAAACUUGCAUAUGACUGGACUGGCAGCAUCUCCCACGCCGCCAAUAUCCAGCAUUAUUCCCUACUGAAGCUUCUUAAACAUGGAAGGCUUGCAUGAUAUCGUCAUGUAGUUUUGCUGCAGCGGACUUUCAUCUGAAAGCGUUGGAUUAGUGUUUUGACACAAGUUUAACAAAUGGGGUGUUCAGACUGUGGCUCUUCUACAAAUGCCAUUUCUCUGAUUGGACUGGAUCAUGGUCUGUGAAGGGUACAUUCAUUUCAGACUCUCAUAUUGGAAACAUUGAAGGACAGCAUUACCUGUUGCCUCCAAGCAGAUGUACUGUGUUUUUAAGACUGAAGAAAAUGCGUGUUUUCAGGUUGCCGGGAGGGGAACACUGUAAAUAGCCUUUUUAAUACUUAACAACACUUUUGGUUGAUACUGGAGAGCUCUAAUAAGGGUAGUUUUUCAUUAUUUGAAUAAAGAAGAAAAUGAAUGAAGCACGGAAGAACAGCACAGUGCCUGGACAAAAAGCUAAAUAAAGAAUCUUUCUUCCCAAGAAGUCAACGUUUCAAAAACCAAAGUAAAAAUGAGAGACACAGCUGUGUAUUGUUAAUUUCUUUGGAUAGAAGUGAUUUAGUAUUCUGGGGGCUGGGGAGAAAUCUUUAAAAUAACUGUUACGUUGGUUGAAUGACUGUAUUUCCAAAGGGAUAAAAAUAGCAUUUUAAGUAAGGUAGCAAAAGCUAGUUUGGAAACUAGUUCAAUUAUUUAAAUGGCAUUUUGAUACUUAGCGGACUUGUCAGCUGAUAUCUGCUGCCCAGGCUUUUGAAGAGGGAUCUACAAAGGCCAUGUAUGUAACCAAAAGCAAACAGGUCAUAUUCAAUGUUUCUAUGCAGGAUAAUGACAAAAUUCCCUUCUAACUGUAUUGUAAAUUGUUGUACAGAGGUCAUAUUUUCAGUUUAAAAAAUUUCAGCAACUUAUUCCUGUACAAAUGUUUAAAGUAUGGCUUUUCUAAUUGGAUAUUGUAUUUUUUUUAAGUCUCAUUGAAGGCGCUUUUAAUUGCUGCUAAAUGAUGUUGCUUUUGCUUUUGCAAAAAAUAAAAAUAAAAUAAAUCAAAUGACCUCCUUAAGGUGCAAGUCAACUGUACGUCCUAGAGAGACUGAAAAGUAGAUAAUUCAUUAACAAUCAAGGCAUGUAAAACUGAUCUGUGUUGGAACUAUACAGUGCAGUUCAAGUCAGUUUCCUGAGCUGGAGCACGUUGAUAAUAGAUGUAGAAGUUGUUUAUGGUUAUUCACGGUUUCUGGAAAUUCUGUCUACAAGGUGGGAAGAUGUUCCUCUAAAGAGAUGUUUCUUGUGGCCUGUACAGAUAUUUUAAAAUGUGAAACAUUUUCUAACUGCCUUGUACGGUAGAAUCUUUUUUUCAGAAUGCAGUAUCUCUCCCAUACAAGAUUCCUUUUACUGUCACAUUCAUAAUGCUGAAUACCUGUACGUAACUUUGUCCAUGUUGCAGAAAGGAAGGCUGUAUUACCACAAGGUUUUUUUCCCCCCAUUUAAUAUUGUACAGUUAAACUGUGGCUCUUGUUUCUGAUGUUGCAAGCCAUUUUGUUUUCAUUGUACAUAAGGAUACAUUAACUGUCUCUUCAAGAUGCUGCUGAAAUUGUAGAGAAUGUAGCCAAAACAGUAAUAAAAUAAUGACAGUUGGAAUUUCAA